AUGAUUUUGUGUUCUGGCAGGUACCUCUCCCUCUAGAUCCUCUAUUGGAGUAGGAGGAUUGAACUCUCCACUGGGAUCUACCAUAUUCUCUACCUGGCUUGUAUGACCUACUAUCGCAAAAAUACCUCUCUUUGUUGAACUUGUCCUUAUUGGUAGAAACGCUUUCUUCCCAUCUGCAGCUUUUUGAAUGGCAUCAUCCAGGACUUUACCAAACAGAAAGGGAAGAAAUGAGUGAUGACAGCAUCAGGAGGGACAACAGGGUUGGAGACGGGAAGGGGAGAGGAAUCAGGAACUAGGAUGGAAGGAAUGGUAGGGUGAGGAUAGGGAGAAGUAGGAGUAGAGGGAAUAUCAAGUGAAGCGACAGAGGGGAACGACGGGUAAAAGCGGGAGGGGAACAAGGAUAGGAGGGCUGACAGGGAGAGGAAUGAGAGGGGUGACAGGGGAAGCUAAGGGUAGAGGUGUGAGGGGGGCAGAGUAGGCACCUGCAAUGUGGGGCAAACAGGUGUCUACUCUGCUUUUACACAAGGCAUGUACUCACGACUCGCCGGGCUGCAAGGAGGUCCAUUGUGGGCCGCAUGUGGCCAGUGGGCCGCGAGUUUGACAUGCUUGCCCUACAGCAUCAUCUAAUACGAUUUAGCUGAUUGGACAAAUUGAAAUCAGCUCACUUCCAAACCCAUCUAUGAUAUACAGCACGUACCAUUGGAUAAGCCCCCACAGCAUCAUGACACAGGAGUGAGCUGAUUGGAUAAAUGAAAAUUAACUCCAAAAUGUGUGUGAUUUUAGCCAGUCCCAUGCUUGGCUAGAGGACAGUAGGUCCCCCCCCCACUAUCCUUUAUGGCCCCCACCCACCGCUCAGGGGUGAGGGCCAGGGGAGGACAGUAGGUCCCCCCCUCAUUAUCCUUAAAGGCCUCCACCCACUGCUCAGGGGUGGGGGCCAGGGAGAGGACAGUAGGUCACCCCCCAUUGUGAUUUAUGGCCCCCACCCACCACUCAGGAGUGGGGUCUGGGGGGAGGACAAUAAGCUCCCCUCAUUAUCCUUUAGGGUACUAGGGCUUUUUGUUUAUUUUAACAGUGAGCAGCCACAGGCGUUCUAUCUCAGUGACAGGAUGUUCAGCAAUACUGACAGGAAGCAUCGCGGAAACAGGGAGGAAAGCUAAGGAUUGUGGGAAAAUUUCUCUGAUCACCGGAAACGAAGCACACUUUGCUCCUCCGCUGGUCAUAGCUGGUCAUGGCGUAGGAAACCUCCAGAAGAGAAAUAGUCCCUACUAGAGAAGAGGAAUCGAUUGGAGAAAGGUAAGUUCGGCAUGACUGUGCCGCUUUAACUGAAUUUAGUUGUUAUGAAGUCAAAGGAUGUAUGUUAUAAUUGCUAUUAAUAUAAUAUUUAUAUAUAUUUAAUAUCUUGAUUUACCACUAGCAAAACCUCAAUUAUUAGCAGUAAAUAUGGAAUGUAUUAGUGAGCAAGAACGGAAGACCUUUUUCCAGUUCUCUACUACUUUACAAUACAGUAAAAUUAUACAUUUUACUAGUCAGCACACCAUAACUCACAAGUGUAAACCCUAAAUUAUUACACCAUGUCUGAUCUGAUGCUUUUAAUAUAUAAAUAUAUAUAUAUAUAUAUAUAUAUAUAUAUAUAAAUAUAUAAUGUCUUUCUCUUCUCUAUGAGGAUAUACAGUUAAAAUAUCACAAUCUGCCUUGCAGUCCGGGUGCAGAGAAUAAGGAGGAGCAUUCUCCUGCCUAUCAUACAUUCAAUGGGGUUAUCUCACAGCUGCUCAGGUUUAAAAGCCUGGAGACUCCCCAAACAGAGAACUCUGGCAGAGCUGAUCUACCCUGCACCAUGUCCGGGGCUGCCCUCCUUCUGGCUCUCAGCUCACUCUGCACAUGUAAGGACACAUGUGGGGACAUUGUUACUGUUUAGACUAAACAGUUACUGCUAAGAACCAAAAUAUGUAUUAUAAUUACUGAUUGAAGAAAUUUAUAAUAUUAAUGAGCGUGCCACCAUGGCAAAUUGUUAAAGAUUUGUUCAUUCGCCUAAUUCGUUUCUUAUUUCUGUUACAGAUUGUACUUCCCAGAUCACUGUGACUCAACCAGUCUCUGAAUCAGUCUCCCUGGGUGACACGGUGAGAAUUUCCUGCAUCCGCAGUGGAGCCAGUGUCAGUACUAGGAUUGUGCAGCAGCAAAUAGGGAAUAAACCCAGGUACCUGCUGCGGUAUGAUUCUGACUCUAGCAAACACCAAGGAGAUGGAGUCCCAGAUCGAUUCUCUGGAUCCAAAGACUCUUCCAAUAAUGUUGGUUAUUUAACCAUUACGGGGGGGUUGCCAGAAGAUGAUGUUGAUUAUUACUGUGCUAUAUGGCCUUCUCCUUCUAACUCAUUACAGAGUGAUACAUUAUGAGGAACUGAUACAAGUAUAGUCAGUGUGCGGAGUGACAGACUCCUUGUUGUAACGUGCAAUAUGACAUAGGAAGUAUUGAACCCUCUACAGCACACAUACAGACAAAUACAUUAAGAGGCUUCUAGACUGCAAGCUAUUUCACAAGAUUAUCCUACUAAAGAGACUGCAUUAUGAUAAUGAAUGUGAGGACCAAACUUCUGGAAUAAAAGGGAAUCAUGACAUGUCAUGGGGUUAACUUUCAAAGGUCUUAAGGAGCAAAUACCUCUAGUGACUGUCAGUCUGACAGCCACUAGAAUCAUGUUUUCUGGCAAAUGUCAACACUGUCACUUCUCAGAAACUGCUAAGUUUUUAAUUGCCAGAUAAAAAUGACAGCAUCAGUGCACAAAAAAACAUUAUAUUAAGAUUUAGUAUUUUUCAUGCUGAGUGUCCUUUUAAGGGAUUGGAGUAGAGAUUUGGAAACAAAUGAAACAAUGGAAUGAGGGAAUUGAAGAUGAUAUGGCAGAGCAGAAAAUGAAGAGAGCUAUUUUACUUUAAAUCAUUAUGUCAUGAAAAUGGCCUGUUUUUACAAACAUCCUCAUAUUUUCUCUUUUCUUUGUCUGCAAAGCAAAGGCAGGCAGUUCAGAAGUUCCAGCAUAAAUAAAUGUUUUUAAGUAUGUCUGAAUUUUGUGGUUUGUAAAGGUAUAACUUUUACUUUGUCUUAAAAAACAUAUGUGAUUUAAAGGAACUGUAUAGGUUAAAAAAAAUGCAUAGCCUCCCCUCCCCCCAAUAGUAAACGUACUGUCACUAAAUGCUUUUUCCCCUAAAUAGUGUAAAAAUGAGCUUUAGAAGUACCUGUUCUAAUCUUAACUUUGAUCAGUUUUCUACUCUGCUUUAAUGUAAUUCCCUCCUUUGCUUUCUUCAUGCUUCCUGUAUUUAAACUGGACUGUCCACCAAUGGCCACGUUCCAGUGAUUCUCUGUGAGAAUCAAUAAUGACAUGCCUUACUGGGUGUGCCUGAGCUUCACUUAGCUCAACAAAUGCCCACAAUGCCUGCUCAAGCUUGGAGUCUUCAGCAUUCAGACACUAGAAAUUACAUACCACAUCACACACACACACACACACAAACAUUACCUGACCACAUUGGUUAUCAUAUAGUAUUACACGUUUAUUAUAAAUAAAUAUAAAGAGACAGACAAACUCAUCAAUACCUAUGGAGUUUUGUGUUAUCUAUCUUUAGGAUGGUUGAUUAACUGAGGCUGGAGGGGUAUGGAUUAACAGUGGGUAGUGAGGUUGGCUGACUGGGACGCGCAGGGAAGGGGUUAACAGUGGGGAGGUUGGCUUACUGGGACUAGUAGGGAAGAGGAUGACAGUGGGGAGGAAGGUUGGCUGACAGGGACUAGAGGAGAAUGUAUUACUUACAUUACAUGGAGAAAGGGAGACUCUGCAGUGCAUUCUGUGCUGUGAGCAUUCCUUACACUACAGAAGACAUGCCUGUAUUUCUAUUAGCUGCAAAAGGUAUGUUUAUUUCAGAGACCCAGAAUCAGGAACAUGUUGAAAUGUAAGAUAGGGGUGGCUAAGGAGGCUGGGUUACACUGCUGAAAACAGCAAAACCGGUUACAGCACUGCAGGAAAACUAUAGAGAAUUGAAAAAAAAGAAACAAACCAUAGGUAUUUGAGCAUAUUUGCUUUAAUUUAAUCCUAACUUGCUUUGCUGCCUAGAUUGUCCCUUUAGCUGCACUUUGAAGAGUCUGUAUUGCUAUUUUAUAUUUAAGCCUAUAAGCCUGAAUCAAAUGUUCCUAAAAAAAUAAGUCAAUCCUGUGCCAAACGGAUCCUACUGCUACUCCUUGAAAACCUGUGAAGGUGGAGCACAUUAACGUCACGUCAGAAUGUGGCGUUGUGUGCCCCGGCAGGUUCUCCACUGUCCAGCUGUGGCCAUCGCAACGCUGACAGACACACACAUAGACAGUCACACACACAAAGUGACAGACACACACACUGACAGUCACAUACACACACACACAUUGACAGUCACACACACACACACUUCAACAUUCUUGCACACACUCACAUCAUUGUAUCCAUCUUCUCUCAGUCUUCUUGCUCCUCACUGCUCCCGCGUGCGCAGUUUAGUAAUGCCGGGUGCUGGAAUAUGAUGUCAUAUUCCAGCGCCCGGCUUCACUUCAGAAGGUAGUGAAGAGCAAGAAGACUGAGCUCCCUCGCUGCCGCCAGAGACCUCUCCCCCGGCUGGGUAAAUGAGCAGAGUAGGCACCUGCAAUGUGGGGAGAGCAGGUACCACAAACAUAUUCAUAGUGGGCCGCAUGCGGCCCACAGGCCGCGAGUUUGACAUGCUUGGUUUAAGACCAUGAGGACCUUAUUUAUAUUUUGAAAUAAACAUAGCAUUUAUAUUUUUCCUCUAAAAAUUGUAUUUCCAUCUUGUCUGUAUUUCCAUGCUGUGCUUUUUACACAAAAAAUUUACUGCAAAAUGUGCUCAAAUUUUUAUAUUAUACAACGAGCAAAUGUUGGGUUUCUCUUUCAGAAGUGAAUAGUACGCUGUCACUAAGUUUUUUAAUCGAAAAAAUUUGCGUUAGUUGUGUAAAUCCCCUAAACAACCUCCUUCAUAUUACAAAACGAAGUGGUAAAAGGAGAGGAGAGAGGACAUACAGCUGAGCAGAGGCCUCAAAACUGAAAUGUCAGCACAGGCACACAUGUUGGCUAGUGAUGUUGUCACUGGUGCUACCAUUGAACCACGUCUUCAACAAAAGAGGAAGAAAGAACAGAUAUAGAACCAUGUGCAGUUUUUCAAAAUGACCCCUAAGCCAUCCAUCCACGCCCAUAAUCCCAGUCAUCCAUCUGCAUCCAUUUAUCUUAGCCACCUAUCCACAUCCAGUAGCUAAGCCACAUUUCUACAUAUAUUACCAACAGGCACAUAACAUCCUUUAGACCAGGGGUCCUCAAACUCCGGCCCCCCAGAUGUUGCUGAACUACAACUCCCAUGAUUCUUUGAAUUACAUAGCCAGAGAAUCAUGGGAGUUGUAGUUCAGCAACAUCUGGGAGGCCGGAGUUUGAGGACCCCUGCUUUAAACCCAGCCAUACAUUCAUACCAUUAACCUCAGCCAUCCAUCCACACCCAUUAUCUCCACCCACUAAUCAUAGGUAACUUUAACAGCUGUUAGAUUUAUCCAUCACCCAGACCACCUCCAACAUCCAUCAACCACUUCCAUUACAAUACAUCUUCCAAAAUGUUGUCGGACUCCAUACACCUGUACAUUCAAUUCAGCUUCACUGAAUUUUUUUCUUCAUUUUCCUGCUGCUCUCACAAUUGCAUGAAAAAAAUUUAGGCCUCAAGUUGCAAGAGUGGAUCUCUGAAGCAAUUAUUAAAUGGCUCCUGGCAUACAAAAUUAUUUUGAUCUGUAACCAGACCAAACAUAGAUUGUCCAAAUAACGUAUAAAGUGUGAGCAAAAAUUUAACAUUUCAAAUAAUUUGCUAUUUUACACCAAUCGCAAGUAAAUUACUCAGUAGUGUAAAUCAUGUAAACCACAGGAAGACAUGAAAAAAUAAAAACCAAAGAAACAAGUUACUUGCACACUAUCCCAAAUCUCUAUGCACAUUUAAAUAACUUAAGGUUAUUUUAGUAUCACUCCAAUGGCCAUUCAAGUGUAAACUCAACUGCCACGUCAAAGUAAAGUCCUACACAAACAAUUUACCUUGCUUCUUUCAAUUACAUUGUAAAAUCUCUAAUGAGACAAUGAGGGGUAUUUUUCUAAACCUAGACACUUCUUAAUCUUUACAAUGGAACACAUGGGGUGGGUGGGAGCACUGUAACAUGGCUGCAUUAUACAAAAGCAAAUAUAAAUAUACAAAAUUGAGCCCUACACUCAAACUCUCACUACUCUUGGGCUGAGUAGAAAAAUAACUCUAGUUACUUAAAUGUUCAUGUCAUUGCUACUGCCCAUGAGUAGUGGGAGUUUGAGCUCAGUGUUUGAACACAGGGCUUAAUUUUGUAUAAUAGUUAUGAGAAAAUCCUCAUGCAAUUCAAAAAGCAUGCAAAAUUUCCCACCUUUUACUACAGGAUUUUAAUAGUUUUUUUUAAAAUAGGCCGCUACAGCCUGAUCUUCUGAAUCCAUUUUAGUGAAGAGUCAAUUCAUUUUGUGUCAAUGUAAUAUGUUAUAUACAAGUAAUUAUUAAAUAUAGUUUGUAGAACCUGUAGUUGCAUGCACUUAACAUGUGGGGAUUCCUCUUUCAAGGGCACAUGCAGGUCUUUAUGCUAAUUCAUAUUGCUUCUAUAAGGACCAGUUUGGGCGCCAUAACAACACUAUAUUCCUGUUGCUUGCUCAGCUCUAGAGGUUAAACCGUUCACAAGCACUUUAACCCUUAAAUCUGUGGUCCUGUUCAGGAUUACUCUAGGAAUUCUGAAACCACAAUGACAGGGGGGCAGAGUGAUUUGGCACUGAUGCACAGACUUUUUGUUCACAUUCACAAAUAGUUAAACCCCUAAAUGUGAGCCAGAGCUUCAUGGCACCAUAAAAACGUAAUUUCCAUAAAGUUUUUAGGGUGUCCAAACUGGUACUUUAACAUACUUAUCUGUAUACAAACAACAAACAGGUUUCUGUGUUUGACUGUUGCUAUUCAUGUAUAUAUAUAUACACACAUACACACACACACACACACACCUGAUUUAUGUUCCUGGAUGGCACAGAAAGGUUCCAAUCCUUAAUUAUUUAUAUAUAUAUAUUUUUUUUAUGUUAUACCACCUCUUAUUAAUUCUCUAUUAAAGCUUGUUUGAAAGUUCACUUCUGGUUAUUAGUCCUACAUUUUUUAUCAAUCUUAUAUGACUGUAUUUUAUUAUUUCAUAUGGAGUAAAGAAUAAUCUGGAAUUUUUUACGAUUGUUUUGGUUUCCUUCAGAUAUUGGGUCAAUGGCAAUGUGCCGACAAAUUACAUCCUAUAUAUAGAAUUCCUCCCCACUCCAAGAAAAUUAUAUUUGCAUACAAGCAUCUGAUUAGUUGAUUCAGUGGUUAAAUUCCAGACGAGACGGGCUUCACACCAGCUGCAUUAAGUUCUGUGAUCAUAUCUGCAAUGCUCUGGUUGUUUGUUUUUGGUUUCCUGGUGGUAUGCUGCUCUUGUAAGUUAAUGUGCAGCUCUUGAAGUAUGCAUGGAGAACUGAUUGAAUGUGUUUGUUAUAGGCAUAUUGGAUAUAUCUAUUGUAGGAUGCGUUGUAUGUAAGUUUGUUUUGUAAGAAAUAUAGAUAACUAAGCUUCUGACUGUAUACUUUUUUAAGUGACUCUUAGUACAGAGUUUAUUUAUAAUAUACAGAUAUUUAUAAUAUCUAUUUCCUAGGUGCUGGCUCCCAGCCUCGGAUGACCCAGCCACCUUCUGCGAUUGUCUCACCUGGAGAGAAUGUUCAAAUCCCCUGCACCCUGAGUGCGGGGAAAACGUUUGAUAUCUACAGAGUGAUAUGGCUGCAAACAAAGCAGGACAAUGCUAUUCGCAUGAUUUAUCACUACCGAAAGGGGAGCACACAGGGCGAAGGUCCAGGGAUUCCAGACAGGUUUUCCGUGACUGAUGAUCCGGCCAAUUGGCGCUGGUAUUUGGUUAUAAAUGGCGUGCAAUCAGAGGAUGAUGCUAAUUAUUAUUGUACUGCAUACAUUGAUGAUACUUAUGGCUAUCACAGUGCUUUAAAAAGAGCUCUACUGGUAUUAAAACCACUUCUGCUUUCUCUGCUUUCAAUAAAUACAAUCAGGGAAAGUAAUAAAAAUCAGUUGGAUCUUCCAAAUUAGACUACCCACAUACACUUACCAAAACAGAACGGAUCUUCAUUUUAAUAAAUAUCAAGACUGAUAAGACAUAAUAUGUGGUCGAACUAAAUGCAAAAUUCUAGCACCACACACAAUUAUUAACAAUGCCAAUUUUGUAAGAACACAUAGAAUUUGACACUGAGCACAUUUGAAUGUGCUCCUCAGUUUGUAAGCUAUUUAAAUAAUAGGCUUGAUUUAAUAUUUUUGGACACGGUUUUAAUAUUUAAUAUUUUUUGGAUACACUUUUAAAUUAUUAAAUCUUUUUAAAAACAUUUUUAUAUAUUUAGAAUUUUUUUUUAUAUAUAUUGAUUAUAUAAAUAUAGAUAUAUAUAUAUAUAUAUAAUUUUGUUUAUUUUCUUUUAUAUUUUAAAGGAACACUAUAGUCACCUAAACAACUUUAGCUUAAUUAAGCAGUUUUAGUGUGUAGAUCAUGCCUCUUAAGUUUCACUACUCAAUUCACUGCCAUUUAACCCCUUAAGGACGGAGCCAAAUGUACAAGUUGUGAUCAAAACAAAAUGUAAACAAACCACAGAAUUUGACUCUCUGUCUGUUCAACUAUAAUUUUACCACAUGACAGGAGGCGAAUAUUUGCAUAUCUUUCUUUACUGUAAACUCCAGCAGCAUAGAAACAGUAACAACCAAUCAGAGAAAAGAUAUGGUGCCCAUAAAAGGCCCUGUCUAUGACAUCACUUCCUCUUUCUUUGCUGCUCCAGCCUACAGGUCAGAGUAUUUUUACCCUCUGUGGCUUGUUAUAAUUUAUUAUACUUGUUGAUGUUUAUACCUAACUAUUUAUAUCCUACUACUCCUGGCUCUCUACACCUGUCUCCCUGCUUCCCCUCCUUAUCUACUAUAUAUCCUUUUUCAGACUUCCCUAUUUUGUGUGAAGGUCCGCGGGCGCCGGCUGCCGGUGCCGUGCUCGCCACGCGGACCUACUCCCUUCUCACUCGGGGACUUCGUGGGGACGGGUAGAAGGGGACCGGGUAGUUUUAUUAUUUUUUCCCGCCGCGCCUUCCACCCGCGGCCGCGAACGGGUGCACACGCGGUCGGCGGCAUUCGCGGCCGGCGGCCAUCUUGGAUCUCGCAUCUCGCGAGAUCCUCGGCGGCCGCCUCUACCUACGGUAUAGCGGGUCGGGAAUCACCCGACCACCGCUCCACAACUCCAUUGCCCCUACAGGUGGCCCCUACUAAGGACCACACUAUAUAGAUUUUUUCAUUUUUUAUAUGGGGUAGAAAAGGAUGGCUGGAUUUUAACCUCCUACUGCCCACUACUCUGGGCACAUGUAUACUGCAUGCAAUAAGUUACAUACAUCUGUAUCCUUACAAUCACACUAUUGUUCUACUUCUAUAUAAUCACAAGAGGCAUAUUGUUACCAGACCCUUUACAGGGUCAUACCAUAUUGCUGUACCCUCCAAGGGCAUAUUACAUUACAGCCAAGGGCAUAUUACAUUGCAACACCCUUCAAGGGUUACAUUAUAUUACUGUACCUAACGGUGCAAACUGAUGUGGGUGUCCUCUGGGUAUUUUUUUUCAUGGCACACCACCUGGGGUGACCCCCCAGAUAUGCAUGCAAGGUCACUGACCAUUAUCUUAUGUGGGUGUCCUCUGGUUACCACGGCACACCACCCGGGGUGAACCCCGAGUAUAUGCACGAGGACCUGCCCUCAACUGACAUUUAACCCUGUUUGCUACCUAACGUGCAAUACAGCUCUGGUGUACAACUGUGGCGAACCCUACCUAUACACCACCACUGAGCUCAUAUCAGGCGGCCUCUGUAUUAGGCGACAGCCCAUAUACAAUAUGCCUCUAAGCACAAUUUUUGCCAACUGGGCGGCCCCCAGUUGUACCAGGAGUCUGUCACUACAUGUACUGACUCUCCUCCACCGCUUCCACUGAUUUUCAUUAUCGCCCAACAGGCCGAGGAAAACACACUACAAAUCAUGGAAGACACCCAAAAUAGUCAGGACUUUCAGGCUAUGAUUAAUGCUGCAGUGGCGGCAUCUGUAGAAAAAGCCCUCUUGAAAGCUCUACCCCAAAGUCAGGGCGACAUGAGUCCCCCAGAACGGAUGGAGGCUUCGGGCUCAGAGAUGUCCAAAGUAAAACGACAGCGAAAGACCCUAAGCCCCCCUUCCACCAAGACUAGGGGCAAAUCACCCACCAAACGGAGUAAGACCACGGGCCGACUACAGCCCGCACCCCAACCAUUUCCAUCCUCCGACGAAGAGGACUCCUAUGUACCACGCACCUUGGACGUGGUCGACGAGUGGCACGGGGAGGAAUCAAUUUCCGAUGAAGAGGAAUGGCAGGACUUACCUCCCACCUCCUCGAGAUACGUUAAGGAGACCUUUCUCGACACCACCGACCGAGACAGAGAUAGCAACACGGAUAAGACCGGAGAUGGAGUGUUUAUAGAUGACCAAGGGAACCCACUCUUCGACCCACGUUCCAUCCGACACCCACGGUCUUCCGAGUGGAGCUUACCAGACCACCUGACAAAGUUCAUUCACUUCUGGCUACGCAAGCCAUUAGAAAAGGAGGUACGAGCACGUCUCCGGGCCGAAUGCCCCAGACCCUUGUUACCCGACAAAGUGGCACUUACCCCUGAAUUUGACAAUACAGUUGUGGUCUUUAUGUCACGCUCGGGCCGAGACCCCCGAAAGGGAGUGGAAAAAGGCAUGAAGGCGACACAGGAUAAGGUGCUGGACCUACUCGGCCCCAUUGCGAAAAUACUCUACUUCGCAGACCUAGCCCUCAGCCAAGGCUCCCAACUAGACCCUCACAUCAUACGGGAAUGGGCUCAAAGAUCGGUGUGCCUUCUGGGCAACGCAAAUGCCGCAUUGUGCACCGAAAGACGCAGAUCGGCACUCAUCCGCAUUGAUAGUAAGCUCCUGGACCUCGGGGCGAAAGAAUUCGGACCGAAAGCCCAAGGACAGCUGUUUGGCGACACCUUUAUCACGGAACUCAAAAAGCACGUGAACCUUUUCACCACUUUGAAUAAGGCCCAAACCUCACUCAAACAAGUUUUUCAUACCCCGACUACAAGGGGUGUUUUUGGAAGGGCUGGUCGGCAGCGGAACCGAGCCACCAGCCGUUUUUGGACCUCCGGUUCCAGAUCACUCCCACAGACCCAAAGUUUCUUCCCAUCUACGACGCAAAGGCCCUCUUCGUUCCGAGGGACGGGGAGGUCUAGAGGAUUCAGAGGUCGGGGACGCGGCCGUUUCUCCAAUGGUGAGUCCCCCUACAUACCAAAAUGUCUCACACUUUAUAGCAGGCAGCCUGUCCCUUUUCUUUCAGAACUGGGAGCUGAUUACCAAAGACGCCUGGGUCCUACAGACAGUACGAGGCUUCGUCAUAGAUUUCUUCACAAAACCCAUACAACCCAACCCCCCUCCUCCGAUUCACUUGUCAAAGGAACAAGAACUCUUGGUGGACGAGGAGAUCCACACACUCUUCAGGAAAGGCGCGAUACAAUACGCACCAGAAGGGGGAGGCUUUAUCAGCAACAUCUUCCUGGUCAAAAAGAAAACAGGCGACUACAGACCGGUGAUCAACCUCCGACAAUUGAACUCGUUUGUGGUAUACAGGCAUUUCAAGAUGGAAGGAAUCCACCUUCUACAAGACCUCCUCAUCAAGAACGACUGGUUUACACGCCUGGAUCUAAAGGACGCGUACCUGUCGGUUCCAGUGAGCGUUCACUGCCGAUGUUUCCUCCGCUUCCUAUGGAGAGGACGGAUAUGCCAGUUCACAUGUCUGCCGUUCGGCCUCAGCUCAGCCCCGUGGUGCUUCACGAAGCUCCUGAGACCGGUGAUGGCGCACAUACGAACCCGCGGCAUAAGAUGUCUCGUAUACCUGGACGAUUUGCUAAUUUUCUGCGAAUCAGCCUCCAGACUACGAUUGCAGACGAAGUUUGUCGUUCACUUGCUGGAAUCUUUGGGUUUCGUAGUGAACAGACAAAAAUCGUCUCUCUCUCCUUCCCAGUCGGUUCAGUUCCUCGGUUUCGAUAUCGAUUCGAAGGACUGCGUACUACGCCUCCCCUCGACAAAGAUAGCAUCGAUAAGGAAGGAAAUCAGACGGGUUCUGAGGAUGGACACGAUACCACUCAGGAUGCUCGCUCGGAUCGUGGGACUCCUUUCCUCCUCCAUACAGGCGAUUUUCCCAGGCCCGCUCCACUACAGGGCCAUGCAACGGCUGAAGGCGGCAUACCUCCGCACUGGGCACUCGUACGACCAAUGGAUCCCACUGUCGACGGAAGUGAGGACAGAACUUCGAUGGUGGUUACUACACAUGCAAGCCUGGAAUGGAAAGGCUAUCUUCGGCUCCUCCCCGGACUUCAUCGUGGAAUCGGACGCCAGCCUAUGGGGAUGGGGAGCUCACUGCGCGGACGCCUCCACGGGAGGCCCAUGGCAAGAGGAGGAGACCAACCUACACAUCAACUGCCUGGAACUGAUUGCAGGAUCCUUCGCCAUCCGCAGCCUGGCCAAGGACAAAUCGAAUUGCUGUAUUCUGCUCCGCAUGGACAACAUUUCGGCGGUACAGUACAUCAACCGCCUAGGCGGAGCGAGAUCUCGAGCACUGACAGAGGCCACGAAGGACAUCUACAGCUUCUGCCUGCGUCGGAACAUCACGCUACAGGCGGAAUACCUACCAGGAAUCGCCAACCUGACGGCGGAUUGGUUCUCACGCCACUGGCGAGACACCAGCGACUGGAAACUCAACAGGGAGAUAUUCCAAGAAUUACGGCGAGGGACAUACCCGCUAACAAUAGACUUGUUCGCCUCCAGGACCAACCACCAACUGCCGAGAUACUACAGUUGGCUCCCAGAUCCGAAGAGCGAAGCGGCAGACGCAUUCCUGCAAGACUGGCCCAUCCUAGGGGCUUACGCCUUCCCACCAUUCUCCAUGAUACCACGGGUACUGCGAUACACACGCACCCGCAAACUAUCGCUUCUACUGAUAACCCCGCUUUGGCAGAGUCAACCGUGGUUCCCAGACCUCCUGGAAAUGUCCCACGGACACCCCCGGCUACCCCCUGCCUUCCCACGACUUCUGACGGGACCUCGAGGAGAACCACACCCCCUCGUCCUGGAAAGGCAACUAGAACUAGUGGCUUGGACGAUUUCAGGGGCUCCUGGUCAGUCCACGGCCUAUCACAAUCGACUAAGGACCUCCUAUGGGACUCUUGGGCUCCAGGCACCAGGAAAUGCUAUAUGUCCGCAUGGGCGGCUUGGAGUAAGUGGUGUGUGGAACGGGACUCCGAUCCCUUUAAUGCCCCUAUCCCACUGAUCCUUAACUACCUAGCUCAUCUGUUCUCGUUGGGACGAUCGUAUCGAUCCCUCAACGUGAUCAGAUCAGCCAUAUCGGCGGCACACGUCCCGAUACAAGGCAGACCAGUGGGUCAGGACCCACUGAUAUGCCGACUUCUACGGGGCGCUAAACUAACGAGACCACCGGCACCCAAAUAUUCUAACCUCUGGCAGGUAGACGUGGUGCUGGAUUUUCUUAGAACAUGGCCAGAUAAUCCUAUCUGUCACUGAAACAACUUUCAGCUAAACUGACCCUCUUACUAUGUCUCGUCUCGUUCCGGCGAGUGUCAGACGUUAGAGCAUUCGACGUGGACGGGUUCUCCAUCACUCCAGAAGGAGUUAUUUUUUCCAUAUCAAGACGGACCAAAUCGGAUUCCGCCUCGAUAUCGUACCCGUACUUUGGCUCAGAUCCCAAACUAUGCGUUGUCAGGACGCUUAUGAGAUAUACGGAAACCACAGCUCCCCUUCGAACCAGUUCGACGGGUCAACUGUUGAUUUCCUAUGUGAAGCCUCAUGGACCGGUGUCCACGACUACACUGGCUAGAUGGGUCCGCUGGCUACUAUCGUUAGCAGGCGUUGAACCUCACUUUGGCGCACAUUCGGUCAGAGGGGCGGCAGCCUCCCAAGCCUUAACGGCGGGCGCCUCGCUAAUCGACAUCAUGCGCUGCGCAGACUGGUCACGGGAAAGUACUUUCAGGACUUUCUAUUUCCGUCAAACAACUCAUGCUUCCUUCACACUCAUCAAUUCCAAGCUUUAAAAAUGCAAAUAUGAAGCCUCCUGUCAUGUGGUAAAAUUGAAGAUUAUACUAGCUUUAGUGUACUAAUAAUCUUAAUUUUAGUAAUGACAGGAGGCGAAUAUUUCCCACCCUAUUGGACCCCCCCUUUAUUUCAUCAACGGAACAGAAGGCCUCAUAGGUUCAGGAAGACAUGUACCAUAGGUGAGUAUAUUCCGUACCUAACAGUGUUUAGGGGUUGGUAUAGGAUGGAAUGUAGUAACCUUAUAUCUAUGUACAUCAUGUAUAUCUAUAGUUCUUCCUAUUACAGUAAUUUUAUCGGGUAUAUUACUUGAACCCUUUCGGACAGUUUGUGUUAUGGCAGGAUUAUUAUGUUUUAGAUAUGCGGACAAGUUAUCACGCCAGAGACCUUUCACUCUUUUCCUUGUCUUGCAGUGUGAUCGCCUUCUCGACAAGUGUGCACGUCUUCUAUUCGGGACAAAGGCUCAUCUCCCACAUCGUUACAUCAAGGAACUACCGGAGUUAUUUUCACUAUUAUGCUGUUGAACUGUUAACGUAAUUUGUUUUAGGUUUUAUUGUUAUUUACUGUUCGCACCAAAGAAAGAGGAAGUGAUGUCAUAGACAGGGCCUUUUAUGGGCACCAUAUCUUUUCUCUGAUUGGUUGUUACUGUUUCUAUGCUGCUGGAGUUUACAGUAAAGAAAGAUAUGCAAAUAUUCGCCUCCUGUCAUUACUAAAAUUAAGAUUAUUAGUACACUAAAGCUAGUAUAAUCUUCAAUUUACCUCUUUCAUACUAAGUGCACCCACACUUAUUAUAUAUCGGUUUGCUCAGGGGAAACAGGGCUUUCAUUCCAUAUCAAACAUUCAUAUAUAGAACUCCAUUUUAUAUGAAUAAAAUCUAAAAAAGUUUACAAAAUUAAGAAAUUUUGAUAUUUUUCAAUUUCUGCAUGUCAAUUUAACUGAUAAUGUCACAAUACUGUUUGGUUUUACUGCAAUAAAACAUACAUAUUUGUAUUCAGAAAUGUCUCAUGAGUAAAACAGUACCCCCCAUGUAUAGGUUUUAUGGUGUUUUUGAAAGUUACAUGGUCAAAUAUACGUCUUGUCUAUUUAUUUAUUUUUUACAUAGAAAUUUCACAGAUUGGUUUGCUGGGCUUAGGUUGCCUUUGAGACCGUAUGGCAGCCAAGAAAUGUAAGUUACGCCAUCAUGGCAUACCAUUUGAAAAAGUACACAUCCCAGGGUAUUCAAAAUGGGGUAUGUCCAGUCUUUUGUAGUAGCCACUUGGGCAUAAACGCUAGCCAAACUUAGUGUUCAUUUUUUUUUUCAUUUUUCAAAUAAAAAUUGUAUUUUGCUGAUAAUAUUAUUGUCAGUAUAUAGUUUACUGCCCUGAAAUACUCCUAGUUCUGUUCAGUGAUGUCUCACGAGCGGCAUGGUAUGCCCUAUGCAUAGGUUUUAGGCGGUUUUUGAAAGUUACAGGGUCAUAUAUACGGCUUAUCCAUUUAUGCUUUUUCACAAUGGAAUUUGUCAGAUUAGUCUGCUGUGACAAGGCCGCCUUUGAGACCGUAUGGCAGCCAAGAAAUGAAAACUACCCCUUAAUGGCAUACCAUUUGAAAAAGUAGACAUCCCAGGGUAUUCAAAAUGGGGUAUGGCCAGUCUUUUGUAGUAGCCACUUGGGCACAAAUGCUAGCCAAAGUUAGUGUUCCGUUUUUUUUUUUGCGUUUUUCACAUAAAAACUGUACUUUUACUGAUAAUAUUAACUUCUGUAUAUAGUCUACUGCCCUGAAACCCUCCUAGUUCUGUUCAGUGGUGUCUCACAAGCACCACGGUACCCCCCAUGUAUAGGUUUUAUGGGGUUUUUGAAAGUUACAGGGUCAUAUAUACGGCUUAUCAAUUUAUGCUUUUUCACAUUCAAAUUUGUCAGAUUAGUCUGCUGUGACAAGGCCGCCUUUGAGACCGUAUGGCAGCCAAGAAAUGAAAACUACCCCUUAAUGGCAUACCAUUUGAAAAAGUAGACAUCCCAGGGUAUUCAAAAUGGAGUAUGGCCAGUCUUUUGUAGUAGCCACUUGGGCACAAAUGCUAGCCAAAGUUAGUGUUCCGGUUUUUCUUUUGCGUUUUUCACAUAAAAACUGUACUUUUACUGAUAAUAUUAACUUCUGUAUAUAGUCUACUUCCCUGAAGCCCUCCUAGUUCUGUUCAGUGGUGUCUCACAAGCACCACGGUACCCCCCAUGUAUAGGUUUUAUGGGGCUUUUGAAAGUUACAGGGUCUUAUAUACGGCUUAUCAAUUUAUGCUUUUUCACAUUCAAAUUUGUCAGAUUAGUCUGCUGUGACAAAGCCGCCUUUGAGACCGUAUGGCAGCCAAGAAAUGAAAAUUACCCCUUAAUGGCAUACCAUUUGAAAAAGUAGACAUCCCAGGUUAUUCAAAAUGGGGUAUGGCCAGUCUUUUGUAGUAGCCACUUGGGCGCAAAUGCUAGCCAAAGUUAGUGUUCCGUUUUUUUUUUGCGUUUUUCACAUAAAAACUGUACUUUUACUGAUAAUAUUAAUGUCUGUAUAUAGUCUACUGCCCUGAAACCCUCCUAGUUCUGUUCAGUGGUGUCUCACAAGCACCACGGUACCCCCCAUGUAUAGGUUUUAUGGGGUUUUUGAAAGUUACAGGGUCAUAUAUACGGCUUAUCAAUUUAUGCUUUUUCACAUUCAAAUUUGUCAGAUUAGUCUGCUGUGACAAGGCCACCUUUGAGACCGUAUGGCAGCCAAGAAAUGAAAAUUACCCCUUAAUGGCAUACCAUUUGAAAAAGUAGACAUCCCAGGUUAUUCAAAAUGGGGUAUGGCCAGUCUUUUGUAGUAGCCACUUGGGCACAAAUGCUAGCCAAAGUUAGUGUUCCGUUUUUUUUUUUGCGUUUUUCACAUACAAACUGUACUUUUACUGAUAAUAUUAAUGUCUGUAUAUAGUCUACUGCCCUGAAACCCUCCUAGUUCUGUUCAGUGGUGUCUCACAAGCACCUCGGUACCCCCCAUGUAUAGGUUUUAUGGGGCUUUUGAAAGUUACAGGGUCAUAUAUAUGGCUUAUCAAUUUAUGCUUUUUCACAUUCAAAUUUGUCAGAUUAGUCUGCUGUGACAAGGCCGCCUUUGAGACCGUAUGGCAGCCAAGAAAUGAAAAUUACCCCUUAAUGGCAUACCAUUUGAAAAAGUAGACAUCCCAGGGUAUUCAAAAUGGGGUAUGGCCAGUCUUUUGUAGUAGCCACUUGGGCACAAAUGCUAGCCAAAGUUAGUGUUCCGUUUUUUUUUUUGCGUUUUUCACAUAAAAACUGUACUUUUACUGAUAAUUUUAACGUCUGUAUAUAGUCUACUGCCCUGAAACCCUCCUAGUUCUGUUCAGUGGUGUCUCACAAGCACCAUGGUACCCCCCAUGUAUAGGUUUUAUGGGGUUUUUGAAAAUUACAGGGUCUUACAUACGCCUGUCCAUUUUUGGUUUUAAACAUUGAAAAUUGGCAAAGCGAUUUUCUGGGCCUAUCUUGCCUUUGAGAGAGCAUGGCAGCCUGGGUAAAAUUAUUUUCACUAUUAUGGCAUACAAUUUUCAAAAGUAGGCAACCCAGAGUAUUUCAAAUGGUGCAUUUUAAGAUGUUUGGUCUAACCACAUUAUCAGAAAUGAAGGGCCCACAUAGCGGUAAUAGAUUAAUUUGUGCAUUUUUCCACACAUGAAAUCACUUUUCACAGGACAUUUCCUAUUCCUGGUAUGAGUUAUUGCAACAAAGCCUCACUAUUUUUUUUUAACAUUGUCUCCUGAAUAUAACAGUACCCCCAUGUACCAGAUUUUCUGUUUUUUGGGGAAGUCACAGGGACAAAUAUAUCAGAUGUCCAUUUCAAAAUUGGAAAUUUGGCAAAGUGAUUUUCUGGGCCUAUCUCGCCUUUGAGAGAGCAUGGCAGCCUGGGUAAUAACAUUUCCACUAUUAUGGCAUACCAUUUUCAAAAGUAGGCAAGCCAGAGUACAACAAAAUGCAGACCUUAAGAUGUUUGGUCUAGCCAUUUUAACAGAAAUGCUGGGCCCAUGUAGCGAUACCUACUUUUAGUUUUGUCUUUUUAAUCACAUAAAUUGCAUUUUCACUAGAAAUGUCAUAAUUCUGGUAUUAGUUAGUACACUAAAACCUCAGUAGUUUGAUUUAACACGGUCUUCUGAAUAGAACAGUACCCACAUGUACAAUGUUUCAAGGUUUUUAUUAUAUCACAGGAAUAGAACAGUACCCCCACAUAUACUUUGAUCUGGAGGCAGAGAGAGGCAGAGAGAUGUUUUAUCUCUCAUAGGGAGUUACUGUGUGAAAAGCUGAGAAGUUAAGAAAAAAAACCUGUGAUUUUAUUAACCCUUUCAAUGCUAAUUGCAGCAUUAACCCUGUGAUUAGUUUUUUGCUUUUUUUUGUGAAGGCACAUUUCAAAUACUACAAUUGUAGUAUUUUGAGUUGUUUGGUGUAGCCACUUUAGAAUGGCUAUCGUAAACAGGGACAGGCCAAGGUCAGGGGAAUCCAGAAGUUAGAGUAGUUGGUAAAACAAGCCGAUGGGUCGGUACAGGCAGCUAACAAAACAUAGUCAGGACAAGCCGAGGUCAGUAAUCCAGGGAAAUCAAACACACUGCCAAAGUCCCAUACAGAGUGAUUUAGAAGUUCAGCUCUGUAUGGUAGACUUUGAAACAGUCUGUUAUGCAGAGGCCGGGUUUAGAUGGACAAGUUGGGCAAUAAUAACUAGAGGCCUUUCGGCACUUUUUUGGGGAAUUUCUUUUACUAGCGGUGGCAGGGAUUCGGGAAGGGAAGUGUUUGCCACAAAGUCUUUGGAGAUCUUCUGAUCCCAAAGUGGGAUUGGGGGGCUGGGUAAAUAAUAAAUGUGACAAAAGGCUUAGAGUGAAGUCUAGGAAAGGGCAGGGCCUACCUAUGAACUCUUUUUUAUAGAGGACAUAGGCAUUGAAAAUUGCAAUCUGGCUCACGUAGAUUGCAAUUUUCUUGUACCAGGUCCUAGUUUUCCGGUUCACUAGAUAGGGCUGUAUGCAUUGGUCAGCCAAGUCUACUCCCCCCAUAAACUUGCUGUAGUCUACAAUGCACUUCGGCUUUUCCAGAUGCUCAGUGCUACCUCACACAGACACUGGCACUGUACUUUCGUCAUGCAUUGUAGACAGCAUGUAUACAUCCUUUCUAUCUGUGAAACGAAGGGCAAGCAACUCAUCCUGGUGGAGGGCUGAAGAGGAACCUCUACUGCUUCUGCCUCUUGCCAGGGUUUGGGGGAAACCCCUGCGAUUCUUCCUCACUGUGCCACAGGCUAGGGUUUCAAAGUAAUAUAAAUUUUUAAAUAACUGUAUACUGGUAUAAUAAUUGUCAACCCAUAGCCUAUAUCCCUUAUUUAACAAGGGAAGGAUUAGAUCCCAAACAAUCUUUCCACUUGUACCCACAGAAUCAGGACAUCCUGGUGGGUCAAAAUGGCUAUCCUUCCCCUGGUAAAUGCGAAACGCCCAUGUGUAACCAGUACAGGAUUCGCAUAAUUUAUAAAAUUUAACGCCAUAUCGGGACCGCUUAGAAGGAAUGUAUUGCUUAAAUAGCAGUCGACCUUUGAAUUUCAUAAGGGACUCGUCAAUUGAAAUAUCUUUAUCGGGGAUAUAAUUUUCAGAAAAUUUGUCUGACAGGAGUUGGAUAAAGGGCCGGAUUUUAUAGAGCCUGUCAAACAGUGGGUCAUUUCUAGGGGGGGCACAGUGAGUUGUCAUUAAAAUGAAGGAAUCGCAGCAGUUGCAGAUAGCGAUCCCUCUGCAUAACCUCAGGGAAAAGAGGGGUAGCCAGGAUGCGUUGCUUGCUCCAGUAGGACCUGAUACUGGGCUUUUUAACUAUACCCAUCACUAGGGUUAAAGCCCAAAACCGCUUCAUCUCUGUGACAUCCGUGGGUCUCCACAUAUUCCUGCGAUUAUGAUGGGACCCCGGAUGUGCAGAGAGAUACUGCACAGCAAACAAAUUUGUUUGCUGAGCCAUGAGCUCAAAUACAUCGUCCGACAUAAAUAGCUCAAAAAAACGAAUUGGCUCGCAGUCGUCCACUGUUACAGUGAUGCCAGGUGUAACAGUGAACGGCGGUAUUUCUGGUGCCAUCAUGUUUGAAGGCACCCAGUCUCCCUCUGGCAUUGGGCAUUCUGAGCCUCCUCUUGUGAGUGGUGGUGGGGCACCAUCACUUGAGGUCUCACUCAGAGGCUCAAUGUCAGAGGCAGUGAUAGUGUCACUGUCUUGCAGAGUGUCACUAUCACUGCCUGCCAGAAUGGCAUACGCCUCCUCGGCUGAGUAGCGACGUGCCAUUCUAGGGGGAAAAAAAUUAAGUGAAAAGGGCUAAGGGGCUAAUUAAUUAACUACCUGCCUAACACCCACUACCCACCCUCAAAAACAAAAUAAAUGUACUGAUCACAGUAAAGGGAGCUGCGAUCAGUACUGAAAGGGUUAUUUUUAAGUUAUGAAAAAAAAUAACCCUUAAAAAAAAAAAAAAAAAAAAGUCAGCCUGAUCAGAGAGCCCUCUGAUCACAGUGAUCACUGAUAUAGUACCGUACAGCAGAUAUACUGUACAGUACAGUGAUCACGGCAGCGGGGAAAGGGUAAUGGAGAUUUGGGUUGCUGCAACUGACACAAAGGGUUAAAAAAAAUGAGAAAUUAUUUUUUUUGACCCAAAAUUUUUUUUAAAAUAAAGUACAAAAGUACUUGAUGCCCUAUUCAGCUGAUGACAGUAAUAAACUGUGAUCAGUGCUGAAAGGGUUAAAUAAAAUAUAUAUUUUUAAAACUUUUAUAAAGUAAUAAAACUUUUUUUUUCACAGGAGCUCUAAAACCAACGAUGUCUCUGCCUCUCUCUCUCAGAUCGAAGUGAGGUGAGGAGAGGGGCAGAGACAAAGUGUCAGCCAGUGACCUGAGGUCAUUGGCUGACACAUACUAAUAGUGAUCACAGUGACUGGCUGUCACUGUGAUCACCUCCUGCAGAUUGGUUAUUUGACCACAGGGGGGAGUGCCUGGGUGGUACAAGCACUCCCCCUACCGAUCUGCAGGGGGAUCAUGGUGGCUGUUACAUGUAUCACACUUUAGGCUGAUACAUGUAACAUUGAUCGCAGUGACAGGCUGUCACUGCGAUCAGAGCACUCUGAGAUCGCAGUGACAGCCUGUCACUGCGAUCUCAGAAGGUGCAGAUCGCGGUCACUGACCCCAGGGGUAGCCGCUGGCCACGUGUGUCAGCCGAUUUGAAAUCGGCUGACACACGCUUAAAAACUGAUUGCAGUGACAGCCUGUCAUUGCGAUCAGAUGCUGCAGAUCGCGGUCACCGGCCACAGGGGGGUUGCCUGGGGGGCCAGGCAUCCCCCCCGACCGUGAUCUGCAGCAGGAGAUUAGAGCCGGCCACAUGGGCGGCCAUUAUAGCGAGGGCGUACUAUUAUGCCCGCUGGCGUUUAGAGCCGGCUCCUGCAGGGCGUAAUAGUACGCCCUGCGGAUUUAAGGGGUUAAGAGUUAAAUCACUUUGUUUCUGUUUAUACAGCCCUUGCUACACCUCCCCUGGCUCUGAUUGACACAGCCUGCAUGAAAAAAAACUGGUUUCACUUUCAAUCAGAUGUAAUGUACCGUAAUUGUAUCUCUUGCUCUGUAAAUUGAACUUUAAUCACAUACAGGAGGCUCUUGCAUGGUCUAGCAAGCUAUUAACAUAGCAGGGUAUAGGAAAAUGCAAAGUAAACAUAACUUACAAUAAAGGUAGUAUAAACUUUAGAUGACUCUUUUACAGGAAGUGUUUAGGAAGGCUGUGCAAGUUACAUGCGGGGAGGUGUGACUAGGGUUCAUAAACAAAAUGAUCUAACACCUAAAUGGCAGAUACUUGAGCAGUGAGACUGCAGGGGCAUGAGCUAUGCACCAAAACUGCUUUAUUAAGCUAAAGUUGUUUUGGUGACUAUAGUGUCCCUUUAAUAUUGUGAAAUUAUAUAUUUUAAAAGUUUAUUAAAACAUUUAAAAAGCUCAUCCAAAAUAUUAAAUUUAGGCAAAUAUUAGCAUUAGGGGUUAUUCAGUAAACCAAGAAUUAUGGAGCACUUAAUAAAGAAAUGCAAAAUCUAAGGCAAAACUAAGUUGUAAAAAUUGGUGAUUUGGACGGUUUUUUCAAAUUUGGUUAUUUUGACUAAGAAUUUCUCAGUUCUCCACAGUUCUCAAUUUAGUGAAUAAUCAGUGUUCUCUCUUUUUAAGGUUUUCAAUAAUACAAUAAAGAGCAAUAAGUAAUUUCUAUUGCAGUCAGUUAUCCAAAAUAUGUAUUUUCAAAAACGGAUCAUAGUGAAGCAUUGGAUGCAAUAAUUUCCUAUGAGAAGCAUUUGGGUGGACAAGUGACUGGGCUUUUUGUCCCUAAUGUUUCUCUAUGAGAAUCAUUGGUCUGGAUGAAAAGUCAAGAAAGUAACGCUUGCUAGAUGACAUCAUUGGAAGAGAAUCAGACAGCAGCACUGAGUGAGUCUCAGCACUGGAAAAAAGUUAAGUAAAAACAUUUUCAUUUUAUUUUAUUUUUUUUUAUUUUUUUUGACAUUCUUUAUUUUUGUUUUUCAUUAUUAAAUCACAGCAUGUAUAUCCGAUACAAUUUAACAGGUGAUAACAAAUAAACAGGUCAGUUAUGAGUAUAACAGCAUCAAGAUGGUUUCAGCAACUGGUUGAUAGGUUGUGUUUGAGUUUUUAGCUUCAAUAAAACAAUAAGCAAUCUGAUGUGUUGUGUUAUGUCGUUGGCCCUGUAUGGGGUUAGUCCCCUGUGUGUUUGGGUGUGUAUGGGGUUUGCGGUUAGUCCGCAAGAUUCAUGUGUGCUAUCGGAUGGGUUGUUUCAACCGCUCUGGGUUGUGCUUGUGGGUCAGAGGGGGAGUUGUGUAUCCCUGUGUUAUUCUCUGAGCUUCCUCAUUUGUAAGUAUAAUCAUAAUGGAGAGGCUGGCUCAGUGCAAGGUUUCCUUUCAUUUACAUAUUGGAUCUAGUGUUUCCCACGGUACUUAAGAGUUGUGGGAGUCUCUGUCGGCGUGCGUUGCGGUUCAUCUUUGUCUCCAGCAUCGCACGUGAUGGUUUGUUUGUGUUACUUGUGCCAGGCUGAUGGAUAUAGAGCUAUGUCCCAGUCCGUGUUCUGUCUGCCUGUGUGUUUCGAUCCUUAGGGGGGCACCGUCUGGGGCUUUGAAUGGGGGUUCCAAUCCGGUUAGUGUUUGAUUUGCGCGUUGGUUCAGGUCGUAAUGGGCCUGGUGUGGAUGUGUUCAAUCUUAGAUCAUGAGGGAGCCGAUUAUGUUGCCCCUGGGACCGUGUGAUUACCCCCUAUUCUCCCUGGGUCGAUCUGUUUUUGGGGUUUCUAGGGAUAGUUGACCUUGAGUUGUCCGUGGACGCAGCUAGAGUGUGUGGGGUUGUCCUGCGAUGUCUUAUUAUGUAGGUGUGCGGCGUGUGGGGUCUGUGUUAGUCGUCGUGUCGUCACCUCGGGCCCCUGGUUUGUGUCACUCAUGUGGUGGACGUAAUCGUAUCAACCCUGGGGCCUUAGCACGGUCCCUGUGACUCUUCUGGGUACCUAAGUCUAGGUUGUUAUAUCCUGUCUUGGAUCUCGCUGGGUUCGGUGUAUGUGGGGUUAUGUCUGCCAACUGCGGCAGUCCUGGUUGUUAGAUGGCGUGGUCUGAGCCGGGUGCUACUGGCUCAAGUCGUGGCAUCUUGCGUCUGGGGUGGGGGUGAGUCCAUGUCCCUUGUGUCCCGGUCUCCCUCUUCCCUCCGUCCCCAAGUGUAUCGGUCCAUAUGUCGCUUUAGUGGAUCGCUCCUCCUCUCCCCCUCCCGUAUCCCGUAGUCCGCGGUCCUCCGCAUCGGUAUCUGCUUACUCACUGAUUCCGCUACGUGCGGAGCCAUACGUUGGUCCGCGUGCCCCCGGGGGUUGUGUCCCUCUGGGUCUUUUGUGUGUCCAUGUGUCAUGUGGUAGGAGGGGUGGGGGGGGGAGCGCGUAGGAAGUGUGUCUCCGUCGUGCCGGGGAUGUAAUCUACUCGUCUGGUACUUCCUAUGCCUGUGCAAUGAUCUGUCGGGGGGGUUGUAUUGGUGCAGGGGCCAUCUCCACCGGGCUUCCUCCUCCCGUCCUUUUUGAUGUGUAGUCCAUCCAUGUGUACCACGUCACGGCGCAUUUUUCCUGGCGUCCCUGCAGGGAGGCUGUCAUCAUCUCCAUGUUAUAUAUCAUCUCCACCCUAUCUACCCAUUGUUGUAGGGUUGGAAUCGUCGAGCUAUUCCAAAGGAGUGGGAUGAGCGACUUCGCUGCCGUAAGUAGGUGUAUGAGGAGUCCUUUCUUGUAGAUCUUCACAGGCGUGCGCGUGUGGUUGAGAAGCAGUGGCAUGGGUUGGAAUGGGAUGUCUGAGUCCGUGAUAUCUUUGAUCGUCUGAUGUAUCAUCCUCCAGAACGGUUCGAUACGUGGGCACGUCCACCAAAUGUGAAUGCUGGUUCCUAUCCCUGUGCCGCAUCUCCAGCAUUUGCUCGAGAUUGACUCGUGCACGUGCUGCAGGAUGUCUGGCGUCCGGUACCAUCCUGUUAGAAUUUUGUAAUUGCAUUCUUGGAACUUGGAGCUGAUGGUCCCCCUGUGUGUUAGUUGAAAGAUUUUAAGCCAUUCCGUUUCCGUAAGCUCCACCCCGGUCUCUCUUUCCCAUAGCGAUGUGAAGCCUAGAGGGCUCUUAUCACCGUUGCUUAGUAGCGCGGUAUAGAGUUGUGAGACUCCAUGUGAGAGGUGCUGUCUAUCCGCGCAUAGGUGUUCCAUCGUCAACAAUGGGCGGUGUAGGUGGCCUUUGCCCGCAAUGCUGUCGAGGUAUGUUUUCACUUGGUGGUAUGGGAAGGUGUCUAGGCCACUGGGCCUUCGGUCCUGCAUCAGCGUUGCCAGGGGUUUGAGUGUCGUCCUGGAGUUCCAUUGGCUAACGUAUACCCAGUCCGUGGCUCCGAGGUUUUUCAGAUCAGCCGUGCUUAGUCCUCCCGCUAACCUCGGAUUGUGUGUUAUUGGUGUGAGCGGGUUGGGCGAUGACGUGAGGCUUUUGGAGUAUCGUAUCCUACACCAUACCUUCAGCGUGGCGUCGAUCAUCGGGUUCCCGGUUUUAUUUUAAUUAAAUACAGAUAUCUAAUUAGGGAAGAGAACACUAUAGCUUUCGGAAUACAUUUUUUGAAUUCAUAACACUAUAGUGUUCCUUUAAGGAUUUUAUUCACUUCUAACUUUAGUUUGUUUUACAAUACCACAGAGCACUGCUGAUUUCCUGUCAGUGUGUGGUUUGAUGGUGUCAAUGUAUGCUAUAUAGCAAAGAUCCUUUGGAGAAAUGAUAAAAAUAGGAUUGUUUGCUUCCAAAGCUUUAAAACGCCCCUCCACACUACAAAUCAUGUCAGUAGUAUCAGAUCUCGAGACUCAUAAUUACAAUGAGGAUCAAUAUAAGAUGAAGACAAUAUAAGAUGAUUAAAAUGGUACUAAUCCAUUUAUGUAUCCACUUAGAGACAGAGUAGAGACAGUUAAGUUGGUGACAUAACUCAGAGGGGGAGAGAGAGGCUAAUCUAAGUAUUUUACAAGUAUAUAUAGAGUGCCCCAAAAAAACCCUUCAUAUAUUAAUAACUGCUAUAUCCUCUUUAUGCACAGGUGCAUCUAUUGGGACAAACUUCAGUAACCAGCGACGUCAGUACCCACCACCAUCUUUUGCGGGCCCGGCCCGGGCGGCAAACUGCUGGGGCCGCCAUCCAUCGGAUGGCCCAUGCUGUCAGGGUCACCCAAUGAAUAUGGAUUGUCAGGGGGCCCGGUCCGUGCUGGGGCUUUAAGAGCAUGACUGGGCCCCGUGUGAUGACAUUAUCAGUGCUGGGAGGAAGUGACUGUACGGCACUCCUCCCAGCAUACAGAGAGCCUGUGCGGGAGGAAGAACAGGGAGUCAGAGUGGGAAUUCUGACUCCCAUGAACCUGAGCCACCACUGGACCCAAGGGAAUGUCCUCCUAAAAGGUAGGAAACAGGAGGGUGACUUAAAAUUUUUGUUUGUGUGUGUCUUGUGUGUGUGUCUGUAUAUGUGUAUGUGUCUGUAUGUGUGCCUGUCUGUUUGUAUGUAUGUGUCUUUGUGUGUGUGUGUGUGUGUGUAUGUGCCUGUCUGUAUGUAUGUGUCUUUGUAUGUAUGUGUGUCUUAUGUAUGUGUCUUUGUAUGUAUGUAUGUGUGCUUGUCUGUUUGUAUGUAUGUGUGCCUGUCUGUUUGUAUGCAUGUGUCUUUGUGUGUGUGUGUGCCUGUCUGUAUGUAUGUGUCUUUGAAUGUAUGUGUGUCUUUGUAUGUAUGUAUGUAUGUAUGUGUGCCUGUCUGUUUGUAUGUAUGUGUGCCUGUCUGUUUGUAUAUAUGUGUCUUUGUGUGUUGUGUGUGUGUGCCUGACUGUAUGUAUGUGUCUUUGUAUGUAUGUGUGUCUUAUGUAUGUGUCUUUGUAUGUAUGUAUGUGUGCCUGUCUGUUUGUAUGUAUGUGUCUUUGUGUGUGUCUGUGUGCCUGUCUGUUGUAUGUGUGUCUUGUGUUUGUAUGUAUUUGUGCCUUUCUGUUUGUAUGUGUCGUUGUGUGUGUGUGUGUGUUUGUAUGUGUGCCUGUCUGUAUGUGUCUUUGUAUGUAUGUGUGCCUGUCUGUUUGUAUGUAUGUGUCUUUGUGUGUGCCUGUAAGUAUGUGUGUCGUGUGUGUGUGUGUGUGUGUCUUUAAUGUAUGUGUGCCUGUCUGUUUGUAUGUGUCUUUGUGUGUAUGUGUGCCUGUCUGUUUGUAUGCUUGUGUGUCUGUAUGUGUCUUUGUAUGUGUAUGUAUGUGUCUUUGUAUGUAUGUGUGCCUGUCUGUAUGUGUCUGUCUGUAUGUGAGCCUGUCUGUUUGUAUGUGUGUGUGUCUUGUGUGUGUGUCUGUAUGUCUGUGUGCCUGUCUGUUUGUAUGUAUGUGUGUCGUGUGUGUGUGUGUUUGUAUGUAAGUGUGCCUGUCUGUGUGUCUGUUUGUGUGUGUGUGUCUGUAUGUGUGUGUGUGUCUGUAUGUGUGUCUUAUGUGUGUCUGUAUGUAUUUGUGCCUGUUUGUAUGAAUGUGUCUUUGUGUUUAUGUGUGCCUGUCUGUUUGUAUGUAUGUGUCUUUGUAUGUGUGUGUGUUUGUAUGUGUGUCUUGUAUGUGUGUCUUUGUAUGUGUGCUUGUCUAUAUGUAUGUGUCUCUGUGUGUGUGUGCCUGUUUGUAUGUAUGUGUGCCUGUCUGUGUGUCUGUUUGUGUGUGUGUGUCUGUAUGUGUGUGUGUGUGUCUGUAUGUGUGUUUUAUGUGUGUCUGUAUGUAUUUGUGCCUGUUUGUAUGUAUGUGUCUUUGUGUGUGUGUGCCUGUCUGCAUGUAUGUAUGUGUGCCUGUCUAUAUGUAUGUGUCUUUGUAUGUGUGUUUGUCUGUAUGUGUCUUUGUAUGUAUGUGUGUCUUUGUGUGUGUGUGUGCCUGUCUGUAUGUAAGUGUGCCUGUCUAUGUGUCUGUUUGUAUGUGUGUGUGUCGGUCUUUAUGUGUCUAUGUGUGUGUCUGUAUGUGUGUGUGUCUCUGUCGGGGGAGGGUGGGAGGUGGGGCCAAGGAUCAGUUUUGCACAGGGGCCCCAUAGAUUGUGUGUACGCCACUGUCAGUAACCUUUCAGUGCUACAGAGAAAGGUCUUGGACCUUUAAAAGUGCACAAGCUGAAAGUAAAAUAGACAGAUUGAUGCCCAAACAUAAUAUCCUAUCUGAUAUUUAAAGUAAAGUAAAUUGACAAUGAAUGGUUUUCUAUUAGAGCGAUGUAGUGUGUCUUCUUAACAAAACUGAAAGAAAGUUACCUGCUCACUAAACAUGAACAUUCCUAUUUGGACAAAUGAAAAAUAAUGGCAAAAAGUUUAUUUUUACGGUCAUUUAGUCAGAAUUCGAGUGAGAAAGCAUGAUUGCCCAAAUUUCAAAAUGUCACGGCCCCCAGCUCGCGGCCGCACCCGAUCGGUGCGGUCACUUUAUUAAGGGCAGGCACUUACCUAAUUUGUGGCGGAUCACAGCCAUAUCCGCUGACGUGUCCAUCCCCAGUGAGCGCGGGGUUCCUAUGGACGUUGGCUGCUGCAGUAUUGGCCACAUAGUUAGCCCUGCCUCUGGCGGGGUCAGAGGUCACACACGUUCCGAAAUCAGCUGAUCCCUGCCCACCAAUGACAGUUAGGUAUGGGCUGUAUAAACCCAUUUUGUAUGACCUCUUUGCCCUGUUGUGGUUUCCAUUACUGUUUGGUUAUCCGAGAGCACGUUCCUUGAUGAUAUUCUGGUUUUUGAUAUUGGCUUGUCCUGACUAUUCUUAUUUCUGGCUCCCUGAUCCUUUGACUUCCCGUGUUUGCUCCUGUCUGCACUCCUGACCUUGUCUAGUUACUGGUUAUUCUAUUUGCAUUAAUUCCGGCCAUUCUAAGGUCCGAUAAUAAAUUUUUCCUUAGCUUAUUUAUUUACCGUGUUUGACUUAAUUCUGCGUGUUGGGCCAUUGUACUGUCCUGACAUUACAACAGGCCCAUGGACCCUGUAGAAUGAAGUCAACACAUCAUGUUGGCAUGUGAAAGAAGGCUGGAAGAAAAUGAUGACCGUAUGGAUCAAUUCGCCCAGGCCUUUCAGACCUUGUUGGCCCGUACCGCUCAUUUGCAACUCAAUGAUCCACAACCAGUUCCCUCCCACCCUGUUGUGGUUGUUCCUAUAGUUUAUAAGGCACCUCAUUUUGGUGGUGAUGCACAGGAGUGUAGUUUUUCUAAAUCAGACAGAAUACCACUUUGAAGCCGCUCCCGGUUCUUUUCCUUCCGAUAGAUCAAAGAUGGGGUAUUUGAUGAACCAGUUGAUAGGGAAGACAUUCACCUGGGCUAAUCCCUUAUCAGAAUGCUAUUGCCUAUGAUUUUGCUGAAUUUCUUGCGGAAUUCAAACUUACUUUCGAACCAUUGGGUAAGGAAAAGAACACUGCAAAAGCACAAAGGCGCAUAAAGCAAGAUGUCCGUAUGGUGGCAGAUUACGCCAUCCCGUACACUAGCCUCAGGUCUAUAGGACUAACAGUUCCUUAGUCACCACCUUCACAGAAGGUUUGUCUGAUACCAUUCUUGAUGAGGUGUCAGCCAGAGACUUACCAGAUAAACUAAGUGAGUACAUCACCUAUAUGAUAAUAGGUUAAAGGGACUCUCCAGUGCCAGGAAAACAAACUGUUUUCCUGGCACUGUAGGUCUCCUCUCCCUCCCACCCCCAUCCCAAGUUGAGAAGGGGUUAAAACCUCUUCAGGUACGUACAUGCGUCGGCGGGGGAGACCUAUUGCCCACACGCGGCUGGGAAGACCUAAUGCACGCGCAUUAGACCUCCCCAUAGGAAAGCAUUGAAUAAUGCUUUCCUACGGGGAUUUCGGUGAAGCUGGAGGUCCUCACAUAGCGUGAGGACGUCCAGUGUCGUUAUAACACUCUUUUCGUGUUCUAUGAACAUGGAAGUGUCCUCUAGUGGCUGCCUAGUAGACAGCCACUAGAGGAGGACUUAACCCUGCACGGUAAAUAUUGCAGUUUAUGAAAACUGCAAUAAUUACACUUGCAGGGUUAAGGGUAAUGGGAGUUGGCACCCAGACCACUCCAAUGGGCACAAGUGGUCUGGGUGCCUGGAGUGUCCCUUUAAGAGAGAGGGAAAGAAUCAGGAAUAGGACCAGAAGAAAUAGCACUCCUUUUGCUCCCUGAUUUUCCAAUCCUGUUGUCCAAAAUCCUCUUUUGGCUAUAGCUGAACCAGAACCUGUGCAAUUAGGGGUUAUGAGAUUGUCAGAAACAGAGAGACAACAUAUGAGAAAUAAGGGUCUUUGUAUGUAUUGCGGCAUAAAAGGACAUGUGAGAAACAAUUGCCCAAUACGUCCGUAAAACUCGCGCACCUAAGGAUCGUUAGGGUCCGGCAUUAGGUGUUAUGUCCCCUGCAUUGCCUCUCACUAGACUUCUCCUUCCUGUGUCUAUCCUGUCUCAUGAUCUCGGGGGUUGAUUGUAACACGUGGCUUGACUCAGGAGCUGCAGAAAACUUUAUAGAUGCUCGUUUCAUGUCCAUACACAAUACCCCUCUAAAGGAGAGGUGAACACCUUUGGCUGUUGAGGCCAUAAAUGGUAGACCUCUUAAGAUACCGCUCAUUAUGCAUGAGACUUUCCCUAUCUUGCUACAAGUAGGGGCCUUACAUAGGGAGCUAACCACCUUACAAGUUAUCUCCUCACCUUCGUGCCCUAUCAUGCUUGGUUUACCAUGGUUGGUCAAGCACAUUCCAUGCAUUGAUUGGGAAAAAAGGGGAAAUAUUGAAGUGGGGUGAUGAGUGUAGCAAUAGAUGCAUUAUACCGAUUGCUAAACAAUUGAAUACUAUCAAUGUGCCAACUGCCCCUCCGCUUUCAACUACGAUUACACCUCAUUACAGGGACGUUAAGGAAGUAUUUAAUAAGGUGCAUCCUGGUAUUCUACCUCUGCAUAGAUCAUAUGAUUGUUCCAUAUAUCUUUUGCCAAGAAAUAUGUGGGAGCAGGGUUUUUCUUUGUUCCUAAAAAGGAGGGUGAUCUACGCCUCUGUAUUGAUUACAAAGCUCUCAACAAAAUAACCAUAAGGAAUGCUUACCCUAUACCACUAAUAUCUGAACUGUUUGACAGAUUAAAAGGAGCUAAAGUAUUUACUAAGCUAGAUUUAAGGAGUGCAUAUAACCUAGUUAGGAUUAAAGAAGAGCACGAAUUGAAACCAGCAUUUGAUACAAGAAAUAGGCAUUAUGAAUACCUGGUGAUGCCUUUUGGGUUAUGUAAUGCCCCCGCUGUUUUCCAGGAUCUCAUAAAUGAUGUCCUACAGGAUUUUAUUUAUUCCUUCAUACUGGUAUAUCUUGAUGAUAUACUUGUGUACUCACCCAUGAAAGAACUCAUCAUACUCAGGUUAAACUAGUCUUACAGACCUUUCUAAAGAAUGGUCUUAACAAAAUAGAAAAGUGUAUUUUUGACCAAAAGGAAGUGCAGUUUCUUGGUUAUACUAUAUCCACUUCUGGUUUCGAUAUGGAUCCAAAGAAACUAGAGGCAGUAUUACAAUGGCAUUUACCUCACGGUUUGAAGGCUAUCCAAAGGCUUAUUGGGUUUGCCAAUUAUUACUGUAGAUUUAUUGAGGGGUUUUCUACGGUAAUAGCCCCGAUAACAAAUUUGAUGCACAAAACUGUUAAGAGUCAGUUCUGGCCUAAGGAGGCUAUUGAUGCCUUUGAGUGUCUCAAAGCCUUUUUGCCUCAGCUCCUAUACUUUCUCAUCCUGAUCAUAGCAAACCUUUUCUGCUGGAAGUUGAUACCUCUGAAACAGGGGUUGGUGCCUUCCUUUCACAGAGAGAAAGUCAUGAUACAUCAAUGCACCCCAUGGCUUCUUUUCUAAAAAUAUUUUGCCGGGAGAGAGAAACUAUAAUAUAGGAAACAGAGUUAGUGGCUAUCAUUUUAGCGUUGAAGGAAUGAAGACAUCUGGUGGAAGGAUCCAAAGUACCCCUGAUUAUCAUAACAGCCCACAAACACUUAGAAUAUAUUGAGGAGGCUAAAAGGAUGUCUUCCAGACAGGCUAGAUGGUCUUUGUUGUCUAGCCAUUUGUUUUUAUCAUGUUUAUCAAGUUCGCUUGCAUGGUAUACCUCAAAACAUUGUCUCGAACAGAGGUCCCCAGUUCUGGAGGUUCUUUUGUAAGCACCUAGGCACAGAAUUGUCUUUUUCAUCUUCUUACCAUCCACAAACUAAUGGUGCUGCUGAGAGAACUAACCAGUCACUAGAGACAUACCUUAGAUGUUUUAUUAACGAUGCUCAAAAUGACUGGUAUGACCUCUUACCUUGGACUGAAUUUGCAAGGAAUAAUGCCACUCAUGACUCGUCUGGCCAUAGUCCAUUCUAUGUGACUUAUGGUCUCCAUCCUGCUAUCUUGCCUAAUACAACUAUUCAUGCCCUGGAUGAGCAUCUAGCCUCCAUGAAAAGUGCAUGGGAACAUGGGGAAUUCUGCCUUGGUUGCUGUGGCUUCUCGUUUCAAGCUGCAUGCUGAUAAACGGCGGAGUGCUUCACCGUCAUAUCAGGUCAGUGACGGGGUAUGGCUCUCCAUAAGAUACAUCAGGCUCAUGGUGCCCACUAUAAAGUUCACCCCUAGAUAUAUUGGUCCUUUCCAUGUCUUAUGUUAGGUGAACCCUCUCUAUUAUAUGCUUGACCUUCCUGCUGGCCUCUGUAUUCCUCGUACUUUCCAUGUUUCUUUGCUCAAACCACUUGUGUGUAAUUGUUAUACCACUCCUUCUGUCCCUCCUCCUCCUUUGGUGGUUGAAGGUCAGGAGGAGUAUGAGAUAUGUUCUGUUUUGGACUCGAGGUUGACUCGUGGUUCUUUGCAAUACUUAAUUGAUUGGAAGCGGUUUGGUCCAAAGGAGCCCUCCUUGGUCCCUGCUUUGAACGUCCAUGCUGAUCGUCUUCUCCGCUAUUUCCAUGCCAGUUUUCCUGGUAAACCAGGCCCUGCCCGUCCUGUGGGUGGUCUUUUAGUAGGGGGUACUGUCAUGGCCCCCAGCUCGCGGCCACACGUGACCGCACCCAAUCGGUGUGAUCACUUGAUUAAGUAUAGGUACUUGCCACGAGUGCGCAUUCAGCCGACGGGGAGGAGAAGAGGAGGAUCAGAGGAGGAGAGCUCUCUGCCCAGCACUGGAAAAAGGUAAGUUUUUACCCCUUUCCCCUUUCCAGAGCCGGGCGGGAGGGGGACCCUGAGGGUGUGGGCACCCUCAGGGCACUAUAGUGCCAGGAAAACGAGUAUGUUUUCCUGGCACUAUAGUGGUCCUUUAAUUUCACAGUUCAUAUGUUUUUGUAAACCAUAAGGCUUUGUACAGAGUUCACUGUUCGUUUCAGCAGGCGCUGAAUUUCACUCGAUUUGUGCAGGCUUUUCUGUUCGGUUUUCUCUGCACUUAUUAAUGAAUAUGUGGUUCGGUUUAAUAAAUUUGCUUUUCGCGUUUUUUCCACUCACUACCUUCAUCUGUGUGUUCCAAUGUUGUUCACAGUUCAGUACUUUACUGAUGUUCUUAAGUAUACUGCACAUUUUAAAUUCACAUAUUCAUUCAUAAGAAUUUAUGCGCACUAGGCUAAAUAGUCUAUUAUAAAAUUGGUCCAGUUCAUCUGGGAUUCCUGUUCACGAUUUAAAAGCAUUACGUGGUCACAUAUGCCUGUUUACAAUAACGCUAGGUUAAACACUAUUUCAGUGCACAAUUCUUUUCUGUAUAUACAAAAUUUUCCCAUCUCGGUACUCACUUUGUUCUCCCAUUAUUCCACGUACUCUAGGGGCCCAUAUCAAUUUAGUAACAAGCUUACUGGAGAAACCGAGAACAGCGUUGUUCCUCCAGCAAUUUAGGUUCAGGUAUUUUAUUCCUUACGUUUAUAUUUUUCAUUAAACAUGUAUAUUAAGGUCUCACUCUGCCUUUACAUUGCAUCGGACCCACGUUAGGUCCUCAAUACUUUCACGUUCAUACAGUGACUUCUGUAGUACUAUCUGCUUUCCAGAUUUUACUAUUACUCUAUUAGGCCACUGGUAAUUCAUUAAUUGGGUUUAGUAUUCAUUACUUUGGUGACCCAUUAGUGGGAUUACAGUACACCCAGUUUCUAAUUAUACCAUUUGGCGUUUAAUACAAUCUCUUAAAUAUCCUAUCUUCCAGGUAUAAUCCGUCCAGGUGUACUCUUUAAUUUCAGUACCAAUUCAGAUUAUAGUACUGAUCAUCCUCCUGUUACAGUAAUCCUAUGUUUCAAAUGUCAUGUGAUGUUAAACUUACAUUAGGUACAGUUCAAAUACAUGGGCUACCAAUCAAACACAUCUAAGUCAAUCACUAUAAAUGCGAUUCAGGUUUAAAGCCAUUAGCAUUUCUACUAAAAGAUAUGGUAAGCUAGAGUUUCAUAUCAAAUGUCGAGGCCUCACUCUGCCUUCAUCAUGACCUCCGAAUCCAAUUCAAACCCUUAACAUUUACUAGGGGCUUGUCUCUGCACACCUGACCCUCACAAGGUCCUCCAUGCACAUUCAAUUAUACAAUAAGCAAAUUAAUUUUACAUACGUUUUACUGUGUUACUUUGCGUUUCAAGAUAUCCAUAAGGAUAUUGACUUUCUGUCAUGCUAUCUGUUUUUCUAUCUGGAAGUUUUUACACCUAUAGGCAUCUUAGGAUAGAGACAAUUUGCAAUCCCAAGCCUAUCAAGUAAACGAUGAUAAUUUAUUUAUCAUAGUGACAAAUAUAAUCUCUAGAUUUAAACCACAAUCAGACUCUCCUUUUUAUGUUCCGCUCAUAAAGAGCACUUUUUUUUCCCUUCUUUUUUUCGAUUCACAUCACAAUCGGCAGUUUCAUCAGGUGCCUUUUUUCUAGUCCUUCUCUCUCUCUGAUUCUAUCCAGUUUGUUCACGCACGUACAUUUACGUUCACAGUCAUUCACAAAGAGACGAGCUCCGUCUAGGUUAAGAGAAGGGCUCUUAGGGAUAGGAGCUGGCCUUAGUCUAAAAACAUCAAACAUACCGGUCCCGCAAGGCCAACUCUCCACCUCAACACGGAGGUUUCGCCCAACAGCCCAACUCAUAGUUAGUGCCUUGCAUACUCUUCUGUAGGGUCAUUGUCAGGGCCCCACAUGUCAUGGCCACACGUAUUGACUCUUUUACCAUCACCGAGAGGCCAACAUCCCACCACAACGCAUCGUAGCUACGAUCCCACACGGCCCAAAUCAUAGGUAGAGCCUCUCACAGCCACUUGGCAAUCAGUAGGACCUCACCAGUCACUGGGUAAUUCAUUUCUUUGCCUAUCGUCACUAGUUAGCGAGCCAGCUCUACAUUAGGGAUAUUAUCAAUUUGCAUCAAAGUUUUGCAUGGUUAACUCAUUAAUUUCCUUACAGGAUGCUGCAAGAAAUAGUUCCAGGUGAUGUACUAUCUCCAACAGACACUCCAACCCUGUCAUCCCAGGUCCCUGCCACUCCCAAGGCCCUGAGGUCUGGACCUUGCUUAAAUUUGGUGGUUGAGCUUCAAGUUAAGGAGGCACCAUCUUCCCAGCCACAGCUGAAAAGGCUGCAUAUAUCCCGAACAAGCUGGUCAUCAUAGAGCGACUCAUGCCAGUAAUUCAGUUAACUCACUAUAGUAAUCAGCCUAUUUCAAUCAUUGAUAGCAUCACAGCGAUACCUCUUUCCACAUACGGUAUUAGGUCCUCUCUUAGCCAUUUCGACUUUUAUCAUUCGCCAUUCUAAUUAGUCCCAUAUAUGGCUAGGUGUCACAACCGACUGGAUUUAACUUCUGUCAGGCUCAAACUUGGGUAUAUACACUCGGUUAAACAACAUUAAUUUUACUGGUAUAUACGUUCACCGUACACAUUUAACACCAUUUCUACAUAGGGUUUUUUCUGCAAAAUCAGAUUUUGCUUUAGAUUUAGUUGUUCAUUAGGGGUUGUUGGGAUUGGUUUACUUCCAAUACUUGUUUAGCAUUUUGACAAUACUGCCGAAAUUAUCUGUACAUGUUUCACAUUCCGCGUAAACACUUUCACCAUAUGUUCUCGUUGACAUCGUUUUAAUUACCUAAAUUUCUGUCCUCUCCAAUGCUCACUUAUCCGUCUCUGUGCUAUCCCUAGGCCAACACGGGCCUACGUAUCGGGCAAUUACCUGCCAACAAAUAUGGUCUCGUUACAGGUUCACAAUUCACAUACAAUUUAGAGUUUAAUCAUAAUUAGAAUUGUAUUUAUGACAUAAUGCUUGUAUUGGAUUCCAAUGCUCCAGCUGAGUACAUCCGUGAAGUAUCUCCCAAGUAUCAAGCGCAGUAGUGGUUAUAGUAGUAAAUAUAGCUCCCAAUCCCCUGAACAUUAGCCUAUACUCAAUGAAGGGGUAAAGUGAUCUCUUUAAUCCAGGCUCAAUGGCCUGCUUUUAUACAAUACAGAGACAUAGCAAACACGCCCAUGGCACUCCCAUAAACACACCCACAAAAUGUAAAUGACAAAAUAUGAAACACACACAAAAACACAUAUUUCCCACCUAGGAACCCCCAUAGUUUAUACAUCCCUUGAUAGCCUGGAUCUGAGCACCCAACAUAUCUGAAAAGUGCUCAGAUCCCACAAACACAGCCGAAACGCCACUGGGGUGAAGUUCUGACCGGCCGCACACAUGGUCAUAUGCCCAAAACAGUUCCAGGGCGUUUUUAGCUUUUGUCGGUCAACUUUGGGAGUUCCAUGCGAAAGAAAUACCAAACGCACACUCUGGCUAUUUAGUAGCGUUUGUUCAUAUGGUUCAUACGAAUAAACCUACCGAACGGCGCUCUUCUGCCAUGUGUGGGAAGGAAACAGGUGUUUGUCAAAGUUCAGUGGUGUUCAGGAGUUUCUGUGUCCGAUUUUAAAUAGAAAGCAGAUAUAAGACUAUGUAACCUAGUUCCAAUAAAUUGGAUAGGAACACAGAGGUCAGAGGUCAGUAUCGGAAGAUGCACGACUACAAGCACACGCUGGCAGACGCGCUGCUGAGAGCAUUCCCAACUGACACCGGGGGCUCAGUGGAAGCACAAGGCGAAGGCAGAGGAGGAGGAAGAGGUCGCCAACGUAGCUGGGGCACCGCCAGCACCUCAGAAGGCAGGGUUAGCAUGGCCGAAAUGUGGAAAAGCUUUGUCAUCACGCCACAAUAACCAGCACCACCAGCUGAUAUGGAACGUCUUAGCAGGAGGCAGCAUUUCAGCAACAUGGUGGAACAGUACGUGUGCACAUGCCUACACAUACUGACUGAUGGGUCUGCCCCAUUCAACUUCUAGGUCUCCAAAUUGGGCACAUGGCCUGAGCUUGCCCUUUAUGCCUUGGAGGUGCUGGCCUGCCCUGCAGCCAGUGUAUUGUCUGAACGUGUGUUUAGCAUGGGAGGAGACGUUAUCACAGACAAGCGCAGCCUCCUGUCCACAGCCAACGUGGACAAGCUCACGUUUAUUCAAAUGAACCAGGCAUGGAUCCCACCACACUUGUCUGUACCUUGUGCAAAAUAGACAUUUAUACCGGCCUCACCUAGCCAUUUUUAUACUCCAGUGCACUUAUUCUUUGUUUUCUUUUUUUAUAUGUCCCAAUAUUUUGGGGGCUACCCCAACUGUUUGCAGGGCACUUAUCCUACUCUUACCUCCAUUUUACUUCCUUUUGCAGCCCUCUAGCCCUUUCCAGGACUUUUUUUAGAGCCAUUUUAGUGUCCAAAAGUUCGGGUCCCCAUUCACUUCAAUGGAGUUCGGGUCAAGUUCGAGGCAGAACCCGAACAUCCAGGUGUCCUCUCAACUCUACAGCAAGGGCUUUUAUGAAGGAUUGAUGGGGAUGUAGCUGGAGGGUUCUGAAUAAAGUCCAAGUAUUGGGCAUUUGUGUGUGUUGCAUCUUCUUUUUCCCAUCCUGACCCUGUACACCAUGUCCAUUUGGUGAGUACAAUCGCUAGGUAUUUUAAAAAAUGUUUUUUUUUUUUUAAAUAUGCUUAAAAUAAAGUAGCUAAUUAUUAUCACUAAAAAAAAGUUUUGUUUGGUUUUUUUUACCACCAGAGCACAAUUUUAAGUGCUUUAAAACACAUUUUUAGUCAGCUAGUAUGCUUAAAUCAGACUGUACAUUCUAAUAACUAUUUCACGCUGUAAUUGUAUCGUGUAACUGUUUUCAGGGUCAUAAUAUUAAAAUUUACAAACUAUCAAGUACAUAUUCAAGUUCAUUAGCAAAGCAUAAUAGGAAUUGUCAAUUCUGCAUCAAUAAAUGCCUGUUUCUUUCCUGAGAGCCAGAACACCAGACUAAGGUAUGGAGGACAAUGAUAGAUAGCAGUAAUUGAUGGAUAGUGGUUGGAUGGAUUGUUUAUGUGCUACAUUUACUACAGGCAUCCAUACUCAUACAUAAACAUUACACUUGUUAUCAGACAGAAUGGUACCUGGUUUGUUGCCAGUUUGUAUUUUUCUUUUAAUGUUUACAUUUGUAUUUUCUAUCUGUGCAAGAGAUACUAGUGGGUGUUUGUAACUUUUGUGGCAAUACAUUGUUGCAUUUGAAUUGUUUCUAUGUAUUGGUAUUGAACAGUUGUGUUUAUGAUGCUAACACGUAGAAAAACCACAUGUAGUUUGCAUAGCUUCUUAUGAAGCAAUUACACAGUCUGUGUAUUGACACACAGAAACAACUUUUGUUCUCAUGAAAUAGAAUUUCAAGCUAAUUCUGAAUCAUAAAGAAUUAGAGAUACUCAGGAAGGCAGCUAUUCCACCACCAAUUAUUACAGGGUUAUUCACUAAUGUGAGAAUCCAAAGUGAAUUUCAAAUUCAAGGCCAAAAUAGGCAAAUUAGCUGAGCUUUCAGUUUCGCAUAUUUGGCCUCAAAAUUUAAAAAUUCACCUUGGCUCUGAAUUCUCAUUUAAUAAAUAACCCUGCUAGCUGUCGGUAUUCAUAAAUAUUCAGGGCUCAUGUUGUCACUACUUUUUACCAAUAGCCCAGCUAACCGCUUUGCCAGCCCUUUACUGGAUUUCUAGAAUAUAAGGAAUCAAGCCAAAGUCAUAAAAGGCACCACACUACAAAAGUGAGAAACAUGAACUUGCAAUAGUGUAAAGUGUUUUUGCCUUAUAAAGGCUGAGACCAGGUACAUCACUUGAGGCCAAGAAGUGACUCACUUCAAUAAUGUAACAUAUCAUAUGGAGCAUCUGCUGUCAGAAAGGCUGCUGAUGCAAGGAUAAUGUUGGACCCAUGGUGCACCUGGAAGCCUGUAUUUGUGAAUGUUUACAUGUGUCCUUUAAACAAACCAUCUAAUGGCAAAGUAAUAUUGUUGUGGUUUGAGAUUUGAGGAGAGCUUAGAUGCUAUAUUCCACCGGGUAGCUGGACUAUUUGUUUUUGAUGCAGAUUUCUUAUGGACUUCCUGUUGUGCCCUUCUGGGCUUCAGACAGUAUUUUACAGUUUGUUGUUAGGUCAGUGGGAAGACACUAGAUUAGGGUCUCCACCAGCCUCCAAUAAGUGACAGAAGAGCGGAAGAGAUUAAUUACAAUAUUAUAAUUAUGCUCGGCAUAACCUUUCCUGUCUGGACAGUAAAUGUCCUUAACCACAUUUUUAUAAGUGGAUGAAAACGUAACAAUCACAUGACAGGAGCCUUUUGGUGUAGCAUAUUCUUCCUCACCUUGUGGUCUCUGCACCCAGUGGCCGUGCGUCUGCAUGAAUGACACCUGCGGCAUGUUAAUGGACGCCGGCCGCUGCGAAUCCACCGCAAAUUGUACCCUCGCGUCUGCUCAUGUGACUGACGACGUCGGCGUGCACGUGACAUCACGCACACACCGCAUGCAUGUUUUGGGGUCAAUGAUCAAUCUCGGGCCAAUCAGAAAGGUAAAGCAUGUACUUAAACGCAAAAUUACCUUUCCUCAUGGCCCUGUUGUGGUUUCCAUAGUGGUUGUCCGAGAGUGCAUUCCUGAACAGUUGUAUUUCUGUUUUUUUACUUUGGCUUGUAUUUGACUUCCCUGUAUUCUGGUAUCCCUGACCUCUGGCUUUCCUUUAUCGUUGGGUCCCUUUCUGUGUCCCCUGACCUUGGCUAGUAUCCUGACUACUCUUUGGUACGUGAGUCUGGCCAUUCUAAGGCCCGGUAAUACGUUACCUAUUAGUCAUCUGCGUGACACAAUUCUACGUGCUGGAUCAAGUAGUAAUCCAGGACAUUUGGGCAUCAUUGCUAUGGAAAUACUCCACUAUAAUUUAACAUUUUUCCUUUAACUGUAGUCCUAUUUAAAAUAUACAGUUUGUUUUUAAAGGACAGAUAGGGCUUUCUUCUAAUAUAAAUGCUUCCACAGCACUGGGUCCACAUGUGAGACAAAAAAUACUGGAAGUAUGUUACAAAAAAAAAAAAUAGAUAUAGCAAAUGGAAAAAGUAGCUAAUAGAAUAUAACACUAUAGAUUUCUAGAGGCUACUAUUACAAGUAAAUCAACAGAUGAAAUACAAGUGAGAAACAAAGUUGCAAUACAUAUGUCAGUACCCUGAGUAAAGUUGCAAUACAUAUUUGUCAGACAGUCAGCAGAGAAAAAAUAAACUAAAGCUGGCGUAUUAGCUAAAUGGGUUUCAGGCAACAAAAGCAGUAGUAAUAAACCAAAAUGUGUACUGGUGUGAAAAUAAUAUAUAUUAUGAAUACCUUAUAAAAUAUGGAUCAAUGUCCUACUAUCCUAUCAAUUCAAAUUUGAAUAGUCCAAAAUAAUAACAAUAGAUUAUGAUGGUGAAGCACUCGAUUAAGAUUGCCACAACACUAUACCUAUUCGUUUCAGAAAAAAAAUAAUUUGCUCUCUUUUUCAAUCAGAUAUUUUUGGCUCCUUUUUGUAAAGUAGAACCACAAGUAGAUUCUAAAUUUUCUUAUGAGAACAAUUAAAUUUCUGUUGCUUAUGCCCACAUAAAAAAUAAAUAAUUAUAAUGGUAAUAUAUACAAGGUCCUCAGGAAGACAGUUAUCUCAUCAGGUUUUAUAUUUCAAAUUAAUUCAAAUACUGAGUCCUUUAGGGAUGUUAAAGACUAAAAAGUGAAAAAGGAGUUGAUUUGCAUAUGAGCGAUAUUUGAAUAGGAGGGCAUUAUAUUGAUUCAGAACAGUUUGUCUCCUAACCCACAAUUGUUAAGAUCAUCACCAUGUCCUGGAUUUACCUUCUUUUGAUCACCUCAGUCUUCACUUGUAAGAGAACAUUUACUCUUUAAAUCAAAACCUCAAGCCUUCUCACAACAACACCUUCCGUGUCGUUACCACUUUAACAUUGUUUCUCCUUCUGUUUCAGGUUGUGUUGGGCAAUAUGUACUGACUCAGCCACACACCGCAUCAGUACAGCUUGGAGAGACUGCAUCACUCACAUGUCAAGGGAGCAAGUUUGAUAAGUUUUAUGUGAGCUGGUAUCAACAAACACUGGGUGACUGACAGGCCACGUCUUCUUAUUUAUAAAGAUAGUGAAAGAGCUGACAAUGUUCCAGAUCGAUUCUCUGGCAAUUCUGUUGAUAACACAGCAACGUUAACAAUCACUGCAGUCAGAGCAGAGGAUGAUGCUAAUUAUUACUGUAAGGUGUGGGAUAGUGAUAGUAGCACACACACAGCGACAUAGUCGUAAAAGGAACUGAAACAAUAACUGAACUCUGACAGUGACUGUGCUUGUAGAAAUCAAAGCUUAAAAUGUCUCUCCACUACUACAAACUGAUUGCAAUAUGCUUAAAGUCAAAAGCAAAAAGAAUAUCGAGCUCACAAAUUCCCAAAACAGUGACUUUAUUCAUAUGCCUCCAGCAACGUUUCAACCUCGGUAUGUGCUUUUAUGAAGGGUUGAUGGGAUGUAGCUGGAGGAUUCUGAAUAAAGUCUCUGCUUUUGUGGAUUCAUAAGUGUUGCUUCUUCUUUUUGCCAUCCUGGCCCUGUGCACCAUGUGAAGCACAUCCCUGCCCAUUUGGUGAGAGACAGCUUAAAAUCAGUCUGUACAUUUAUCGGAUUAAGGGGUCCGUUCUAACGACUAUUUCACCCUGUAAUUUUACUGUCAUUGUAAACUGUUUUUAUUAUUAAUGAAAUGGGCUUACAAACAAAAUGUGCUGUGGUCAGUGUAAUGUGACAUUUCUUUAAAUCUACACAUUAAGUGACUUCAACCAGCCUGUGACAACUGGAAAAAUUAUGAGGGUCAUAAAAUUCAGAUUUGCGACCAAUCAAGUACAUAUGUAAGCUAAACCAGUUGCAGCCCCAUCCACACAUGCAUAUGUUCUGGUUCCCAGGGUUUUCACAUUUGACAAAUGGCUUAGAGCAGAGCUUCACCUCAGUAAUCUACUCAUACUGUAAUCUCAGAAUCUGUGAUGCUUCAUUUUGAAUAGUCAAAAAAUAUUGGCUGCAAGUUUACACUCUUUCAUUCGUAGCUGAAUAGCAAAUCAGCGGUUUUAUAUAACUCAGUCUUCCAUUUACCUCCAGCAUAACAGACUAUAUCUUGCAGGUUCAUCUUAGUGUAACCAAGUCAAAGCCAGUAAGAAACAUCUGAUACACGAUACACAGGGCAAGCGACUGAUGUUGGUCAAGAUAUUUACACCUACAAGUGAAAAGUUAUUGGUUUAAACAUGCGUAACCUAUGUUGCCUGAUUGACACAUAACUAAAAAAAUGGCACAGCCUGUUCCGAGUAAUAAGAUGUGACAAGGAUGGAGCAGUCCAUGUCAGGAGGAGUGUGCACUUAACACAAAUGAACGCCCAGAUGGAGAACAAACCAAUGGCACCAUAGCAAACACAAAGUAAAAAAAAAAAAAAUAUCCACUCAGUAUACCAUAUCAAACUUUAAAUAUGUACACAGUAUCACAGAAAGUAACAGAUAUUUAUAAUCCAAAUCAGACAUGGGCGCAAUAUUUUAGAUCUCUCAUAAUACCUUGUUGGACAUGCAAAUGCGCACAGUCAGGCAUUCUGUAUCAGACUUCAUGUUGCAUUCUAAAAGCAAUGGAGCUUUAUUUGUGGAGUAUUUCACAGGUGAAGGCCUGUGAAAUAAUGGGGGGGAUGUAACCAUCCCACAUGCCCCCACCAAUGGGCAUCAGGUGGAGGCUAAUUUAAAUAUUCAUUCAUACAGCUUUGUAUUCCUGGCACUACAGUAUCUCUUUAAUUACUAAACCUUUUUCCAAAUGCUGUCAUUACAUGGCAGAGAGCUUUUUGUUAUUUCUGCUAUAUGUUUAUGCCACCAUAAUUAACAUUUCCUUUUAAGGAAAUGUUUGUGUAAAGGUCAGAUAAGUCUUUCUUCUGAUAUUAAUGCCUUGGCAGCACCAGGUCCAUGUAAGACAAACAUACCCAACACAAUCUUAUUGGUUAAAAGAUGCCCUUUUAUUAAUAACAAAGUAUUACAUUGGAACACAAUGUGCAGAGGGGGCACAAAGAAGAGAGAUGCUAAUGUGUUUCAUGCCAUACAAGGCACUUCCGCAGAAACCUGCACUCUUAAACAGGUUUAAAUGCAUACUACAAACACACAUGUAACUCCCCAGACCCAAUAGAAUGGAAGAAACAAUUAAAACUGUGAAGCUCCUAGCCAACUAGUAUAUCAGAUUGGCACUAUUAACCAAGCAGUGAAACAGUAGUAUGCUAAAUAACCUUCACUCACAUGUAGGCUGAGUUGUUGUUAACAGUAGGAGAAUAGGGUGAAUGUUCUCUACACUUAAAGGUACCUUAAUAAUGUUAAUAGUAGCCCAUAAUAAGAUAUACUAGUAUAUUUAUUAAAUCAUUGUUAAAGGGACACUGUAGGCACUGUAUCUGCUUCAUCUCAUUAAACUGGCUAUAGUGUCUGGAGUCCUCUGGUACCAUCAUUUCUUUCAGCAUUAAACAGUUUUUAAACUUUUAAUGUUUUAAUGCUAAACAAGAGUCCCCGGCAAUCCAUCCCCUCUGUGCUGCUUUGGCUAAUAAGGAAGUAUUAGCCUGAGCAGCAAUGGGCAGCUGUGAUUGGCUGAGAGUGUCAGCUGACUGCUUUUAGCCUGUCAGAGUUCCAACUGACAGUAUGAAUGGGUAUGACAACAAGGAAGUGUGUAAUCUCUGCCUUAGCUACACAUACUGAAGGCGCCGGAUUGUGGGUGGCCAGCAGGCCCGGACUGGCCAUCGGGCACACCGGGCAAAUGCCCGGUGGGCAGCGGUGUCCGUGGGGCCGAGGCCGGCAGGGGAGGUCCCAGGAUCUCCCCUGCCGGUCUAUGCAGGGCCGGCACUCUCCUAGCGCCGGCCCCGCUGUUUGCCACGACGGGCCGGUGGGGAGAUCAAGGAUCUCCCUGACCGGCCCACAUGCGGCCGCCGGCAGGGAGAGAGGGAGGGAGCCAGCCAGGCUGGAGAGAGGACCCGGCGGAGCUCUAAGUUGCAGCUCCGCCGGGUUCCUCUCGCGAGAUCCGGCGCGUUGCCAUGGCAACGACCGGAUCUCUCGAGAGUGAACUCUAGCCUCACAGGCUAUGCGGGCUAGAGUUCACUCACCCACGAGGACCACCAGGGAACACUGCCUCCCAGCGUGCCGGACCCCCCCUCCCAGGCUGAAGGUAAGAAGGGAGGGGGGGGAAAUAAUGACUUUUUAAAAAAAAAAAAAUUAUUUACCCCCCCUACUCUCACCCCCAUCACACACAGCACUCUCUCACACAGGACUCUCACACCCAUCACGCACAGCACUCUCACACCCAUCACACACAGCACUUUCACACACACAGCACUCUCUCACAGCACUCUCACACCCAUCACACUCACAGCACUCUCACACCCAUCACACUCACAGCACUCUCACACACACACAGCACUCUCUCACACAGCACUCUCUCACACCCAUCUCACACAGCACUCUCACACCCAUCACUCACACACGGCACUCUCACACGGCACUCUCACACGGCACUCACACCGCACCCCUCACACACGCACAUACUGCACCACUCACAUACACACAGAACCCCCCCCAACACACUGCACCACACACAUACACAAUACUUCCAUAUAUAUAUAUAUACACACACAUACACUACACUCUUAAAGGACCACUCUAGCCACCCAGACCACUUCAGCUUAAUGAAGUGGUCUUGGUGCCAGGUCCUUCUAGGGUUAACCCAUUGUUUUAUAAACAUAGCAGUUUCAGAGAAACUGCUAUGUUUAUCAAUGGGUUAAGCCUUCCCCCAAAGCCGCUAGCAGCUGUCUCAUUGACAGCCGCUAGAGGCGCUUGCGUGCUUUUCACUGUGAAAAUCACAGUGAGAGCACGCAAGCGUCCAUAGGAAAGCAUUACAAAUGCUUUCCUAUGCGACCGGCUGAAUGCGCGCGCAGCCAGCCGACGGGGCGGUUCGGAGGAGGAGAGCUCCCCGCCCGGCGCUGGAAAAAGGUAAGUUUUAACCCCUUUCCAGAGCCGGGCGGGAGGGGGUCCCUGAGCCACAUAUGCAUCACAUUAUACCACAAACAAAACACGACUAAAACCGACCUUAUUACACAAUACCACACCACGACCAGCUCACUCUACACACACACAAUACCACAAGCAGGCUCCAAACACAUGCAUAAUACUCUUUCCUGGCCUUUUGUCUCCUGGUAUCCAUUUAUAAAGACACCAGAGACAAAUUGCAAGGAAACACAGUGCAAGCAUGUUAUUAAAUUUGCUUGCACUGUGCAGAACAAAUACAGGACUUUUUUCUCAUGCUAGAGCUCUUCAGCAGAGCUCUGCGCAUGGUCUGCCCUGGAAGAGCAUUGAACCAACAUGCUCACUUUGAGAGGAGGCGUGUUUGUCAUUGGUGAUGACAAAACACACCUCCUCUGCCCCGUCCCCUUUUUAGUGGGCCGCUGUGUUAAAAAAAUGCCCGGGCUGAAUUUUUCUCCCAGUCCGGCCCUGGUGGCCAGGGACUCUUAUUUUGUGGCAUACUGCAUGAACAUGGUGCAACACUGAAUGGAGGGACAGUGGCAGGGCACUCCAGGCACUAUAACCAAUUCAAAGAGAUGAAAUGCUUAUAGUGACUACAGUGUCCCUUUAAGGGUUUAUCACAGGAGGCAUGAGUCCAGGAAUAAAUAGAAAAAUAAAUAAAUAAAACACUGAAAACUGUGUAUAAUCAAAAAUAGAAAACAAAAAGUGAGAAACAAAAAAACGAAACAGGCAAGCGUAUCAAUAAAUAAAUCUUCAACUCUAAAACUACAGCAACAAAGAUAAAGAGAAAGGGAGGAAUACCAUAACUCCUUUCUGAUUCUAAUAUCUUAUUAUACAUUUUUAGUCCCAUUCUUUGUUAGGCCCUUGGGGGUCAUCUCAUGCUCAAAGAUCUGUUAGGCUUCCUAAAACCUGCAUUUCUAUCGUACAUUGCCACUUCUAAUGGGGACUUUACAUUUCUCAAUACCGUGAAAAGUAAAAUAAUCAAUGUCACUACUAUUGCAGCAAUGGAAAUGUUGGGCAACUGAGAAUUAAGUUUUUUAAUUUUUAAAGAAACAUUUCAACCUCAUGUAUGGUUGUCCACAUUAGAGCAGGAUAAAAGGUAAAUUACAUCUUACGUACAACAGUUUUAAAAAAACGAUUAAUUUAGUAGGUCUUCUUAGUUAUAUAGAACACAUUUUCUUUCCAUACAAUAGUUUUAAAAAACUAUUAAUUUUGUAGGUUUUCUUUGUUAAAUAGAACACAACAUUUUCUUUCUCCUUAAAGGAGCACUAUAGGUACCCAGACCACUUCAUCUCAUUAAAGUGGUUUGUGUGCAGUGCACCUGUCUAUCUAACCCUGCAAUGUAAAACAUUGUAUUUUCUGAGAAACUGUAAUAACUACAUUGCAGGAGUAACUCCACCUCUUGUGGCUGUCUCUAGUGGAGUUUUAGUUAAGACAAAAAAGGAAUUGGGAGCACACACAGAACAUGCAUUUCUCAGCAAUGGUCCUGCCGUAGAGACCAAAAUGUAUACAUAAUACAGAUUAAGGAACAGCGCACCCAUACAAAUACAGUUUUACAUUUUCCAAGCAUACUUAAAAUCACCUAUCUCAGUAAACAAACAUGGGAAUUCACCAGAUGACCUUAUUCUGUUAAGUCUACCACUACUUCACAAUAUCCCAAUAGUAGUGGGUCCUUCUAAUGUGGGAGCCAAAUCAAAUAGUGCUAAUGCUUACUAUGCUAAAGUGUAUUUAAAUAAUCUGUUUUAAGAGCAUUAUGAAUAUAUAUAAAGCAAAAUCAAAGUCAUAGUGCUUUGAUGUAUAUAAUCACAAUGCAUUUUAUCUAUCUGCUCUAUACCAAAUGAAAAUUAUAAUUAAAGUGGUAUUACUAUCCAAAACCUCUCCACCUUCAGAUUUAUAACCUUAGAAGUUAUAAAUUUAAAGCUGUUUUGGAUGGUAGUGUCAUUUUAAGAAAUGUCUGUGAAAGGCACCACUGUUUUGACCUUUUCUUGCACUACAUUUGAGCUGCUUCAGUAAUAUUUUUUUAUAAAUAAGGUUUAAUCAUUAAACAGGUACGUGUGUAUUUAGAAUAUGGUUGAGAGCCUUCAUUAAAUACUGAGUGCCAAAAUCUGCAUAUAUUUUUCCCUACCUGUUUCUCGGGAUGCCUUUUUAUUUAUUCCAUCAGUCAAUAGAGCAGCGCACCUUUAAUUUUUAGCUACAUUGACGUUUAUCUACUACUCUUUUCUGAUACUCUAUAUGCAUAUUUAACAAACACACUACUUAUUAUGAACAAAUUACAAAAAAAAGAAUUAUUUUUGACAUUUUGCUCAUAACUUCUACACUUACCCGGCAUAAGUCCAAUAUUAAAAGCCUCUUGAAAAUUCUUUGCCAGCUUAUGAAGCCCUUUGGCGAAAUGCGUACUGGAGAGAAGAAGUGACUACAGAGACUUUUAAUAUUGGACUUAUGCCGGAUAAGUGUUUUAUUUUAUAGAUAUCUUGUUAUUAUACUAUUUUUAUAGAGCUAAUAAAUAUAUAUAUUUUUUAUAUGCACUUACGGCACUUUUUUUCCUGCUUAUUAAAAAGAAGGAGUGUGGUCCUUAACCACAUAUACGAAGUGAAGUGAGCCUAAGUUAAGGCUCUGGGUUUGUGAGCAAAUCUUCAAUAUACCUAUUUAUUAUUUAUAAUUCAGACUAUAUUACACUAUAUGCACCCUUCUAUACUUAUUUAGGACUGGACCACUGGAUAACAAAGAAGGGAAAGGGUCGCCUUAACGGACCCCCAAGCGCAAGAAUCUGAGCUAAAUUUAUUAGCUCAGGAAAGUGUAAGUGGCCACUUGGCAUCUGUUCAAAAACUUUUACUUUGUAUCAUACAGAUUACACUAUGUUGUGUAUUUCUUGUUCUGUUUAAAGGUACACACAGAAAGACAUAUAAUACAAAAGAAAAUAUUGAAAUUCAAGGUAUAGAUUUAGAUAUUCCAUACCUAUCCUAAUUUUAUAAGCGUUGCACCGAUACUUUUUUUCUAUUUCAUUUUUCCUUUAAAGUGAUUUAGCAGCUACUUAAAAUUGGUGAAUGUAAUUUCUAUUUUAUAAAAAAAGCACUUAUUACUCAAAUAGUGCAGAUACUUUUCCAUUUUAUCUAAAUAAAUGAGCUUGUUUAGUCAAAUGAUUUUAGUCUAGCUUCUGCCUCCCAUCAGCCAUAUCACAGUCAUACAGAGACUCAAAAUCCACCAAUUGUCUAGCAGUUAAUUCAACUGCCUACAAACAACUAAUCUCCCCAUCACACUGUGCUCAAACUAGUGAUAAAAUAAAAAGCAUUACAGGCCUUUGGAGAGCUGAUGGCGUGAGGUUCCAUCUCUAUUAAACAUCUAAAUGUACAUAUUAGUCAGACCCCAUAUGGAGAACGUCAUAAAAACAGAGUAUCACUAUCCAAGAUAAAUAAAAUUAUAGUAACUGUAUUUCUUUAUUUUAAACAUACAUAAGCUGGAGAUCAAGGGCUGAUCCCCACAACAGGAGAACAUGACCCUUGUCCUAAGCAUUUUGUUUGUUUUGCUAUAAAUGAGAUGGCAGUAGUGGUUUCUCGGUAUUGACAUCUCCCCUUAAUCUCCAACUUAUGUAUUUUUAAAAAUUUAAAUAUUUAGGUACGGCAAUUUUAUUUAUCUUGGAGGGUGAUGCUGUGUUCAUUUGACAUUACCUGUGUGAGGUCUGAAUGAUGUGUUCAGUCGGACAGGUACAAUACUGCCUAGCCAUAAGGCAUUAGAUGUGAGCAUUUAUCGAAUCACUCGCUCUAUGAGAAGAAGCAGUUUAUGAAACCCACAAAUGAGCUGAUUUGCCUAUGUUAAAUAGUGCUGGAGUGGGUAUUGUAUUUAUAAGUGAGCUGUUUGUCUCACAGAGUACUGUGCAGACCAGCAUCAUGUCUUGGGUUCCCCUCCUCCUCGCUGUCACCUGUCUCUACACAUGUAAGGAUGAUGACUAUCCUUUCAAUCAGUGACCAACCCAGACCAUGUCUGUGCAAUCUGCAUGUCUCUGCCACUUCUGUGCAAUCUACAUGUCUCUGUCACUUUAACCUUGUGUCUGCUCUUUUCAGGUUGUGUUGGACAGUAUGUAGUGACUCAGCCACGUUCACUCUCAACAAGACCAGGAGACACAGCAUCACUUACCUGUACUGGGAACAAUAUUGGCAGCAAGAGUGUGCACUGGUACCAACAAACACAGGGUAACAAACCAAAACUUAUUAUUUAUAUCGAUAGCAACAGAGCUGACAACGUCCCAGAUCGAUUCUCAGGAACUAACUCGGGUAACACAGCAACAUUAACCAUCAGUGGAGUCAGAGCAGAAGACGAGGCUGAUUAUUACUGCCAGGUGUGGGAUGGCAAUGCUGCACAGUGA